GCGAGCCCGGCGCGGUGACGUCACGGGAAGAGCUGGGAGCCUCACCCAGGCUGGGCUGGUUAGCGCUGUGUGUCCCGAGCGGAGGAGGAGGAGGUCGAGCGGGCGGUGGUGGUGGUGGUUGGGGAUCCCAGGCAGUGCCGGGGCCCAUACAGGAGAGGGAGCACAGCAGCGCGGUGAGUGUGUGGGAGACGGGGCAUUGCUGGGUGACCGGCGUGUUUCGUGCUGCACCGGGGAGGGGGGGUGGGAGAGAGGGCCUGGCUCGGGGAGGCGGGCAUGGGCUACUGCUGACAUGCCUGAAGGAUGACCCCGGGAUCCGGGCUGUGACAGCCUGCCAGCAGCACAGCUAGGACAGACAGCUACAACAUGGCAGGGGAGAGGGCACCAUGCCAUUCAUAGCCUCUGGGCAGGGGGGCUGAAAUGUAGGGGGUUGGCACCCUGGCACACUCAGCUUGUGAGUAUGGGGACUGGCACACUCAGCUUGUGAGUAUGGGGACUGGCACACUCAGCUUGUGAGUAUGGGGACUGGCACACACAGCUUGUGAGUAUGGGGACUGGCACACACAGCUUGUGAGUAUGGGGACUGGCACACACAGCUUGUGAGUAUGGGGACUGGCACACUCAGCUUGUGAGUAUGGGGACUGGCACACUCAGCUUGUGAGUAUGGGGACUGGCACACUCAGCUUGUGAGUAUGGGGACUGGCACACUCAGCUUGUGAGUAUGGGGACUGGCACACUCAGCUUGUGAGUAUGGGGACUGGCACACUCAGCUUGUGAGUAUGGGGACUGGCACACACAGCUUGUGAGUAUGGGGACUGGCACACAGCUUGUGAGUAUGGGGACUGGCACACUCAGCUUGUGAGUAUGGGGACUGGCACACUCAGCUUGUGAGUAUGGGGACUGGCACACUCAGCUUGUGAGUAUGGGGACUGGCACACUCAGCUUGUGAGUAUGGGGACUGGCACACUCAGCUUGUGAGUAUGGGGACUGGCACACUCAGCUUGUGAGUAUGGGGACUGGCACACUCAGCGUGUGAGUAUGGGGACUGGCACACUCAGCGUGUGAGUAUGGGGACUGGCACACACAGCGUGUGAGUAUGGGGACUGGCACACACAGCUUCUGGGCAUGGAGACUGACCUUUAUGAGGGUGGGCAUCAUAUCAUGCAUAGCCUUGGAUCAGUGGUUCGUAACCUUUGGCACUCCAGAUAUUUUGGACUGCAUCCCCCAUGAUACUGCCGAUAUAGGGGGAGAUGUAGUUCACAACAUCUGGAGUGCCAAAGGUUACCUACCCCUGUAUGGAAACUAGGCUCAAUGGCACUAUCUAAUCACGGCAUCAAAAAUGCUGAAUUGUGAACACCAUAGUAUUUAUACUUUCUGGGCAUGUGGGCUGGCAUGGAAGAUGGGCACCAUUCCAUAUAUAGCCUGUGGAUAUGGGGACUGUAACAGAGUGUUUGCACAAUGCUGUGUAGAACCUCUGGAAAUGGCACCAUGACAUGUGUAGCUUGAGCUUCUGAACAUGGGGACUGGGCACUUGCAUUUAAACUGCCUGGACAUGUGGACUGAUUUGGUUUGAGGAGGUUAUGGUGGCUUCGGGAGUUUUACGUAGUCUGCUGGGCCACUUCUGAUUUGUAUAAUUUGUGUAUGGGUACUGGGUACCAUGGCAUUGAAGUUUUCUGGACAUGGGGGGCUGGCAUGUGAGGGAGUGAGAUCUAUAGUGUUCAUAAAUUAUGUGCGUGGGAUUGUUGGCCCCAUGAAUUUCAUAGCUCUGGUCGUGGGGACCCACAUAGGUACCCUUAAAUUGCGUGGUGGAGUUCAGCGUUCACAUGGCAGUGAAUCCAGUGCCACUAUUGCUUAGUUACUUUCAAACAUCCCUUUUUAACACGCUCUUUUUUUUUAUUAUUCUACAUCAGAGAUCACCCUCAGUUAAGCCCACAAGCUGUGGUGGAGGCUUAGAAAGGCCAUCAUAGGAUUUGUGGUGUUACCACAAAUGAGGGUCUACAUUUUGGGCAUCUUUUUUCCCCUUGAGAACUACAAGCCCCCGCCUCCUCUUGUGUGCCCCAGUGCCACCACCCUUUGCUCAGUGUCCUGGUGUACUCACAGUGAGACUGAAACAAUUUAGAUUUGUUAUGAGUAGUCUUAUUCCUGUUGCUUAAUGCACUGGAAUGGUUAAUUAACAGGGUGCAAUGUUAUGGGUGAUGGGGUGUGUCUUAUUGGAACUUGUUUGGCAUUUUCCUCAUUUUAGGGGUUUAAUUUACUGUCAUUGGGUUGGUGCAUUGUAUUUGCUGAUCUGUACUUGAAUUCUUUUGUAUCUGUUCUUGUUUAAAAUGUCUUCUGCUGCAGACUUCAGUGAUGCAGGCAAAAACUACAAUCGUUAGACCGUAUAGUUACCUAUUUUAACAGCGUUACCGAGGUCUUAAAUUGCUGAUCAAUUGAUUCUAAACGGGUACAUUCCAAUCUUUUGUAUUUACAACAGGGGUAAAAUGCAAUUCUCCAUCCUGUUUGUGUUAGGAUAUUUUAAAUUAAACAAAUGGCCAUAGGAUAUAGAUCAAAAGUCCGUUGAUCACACUCUUUAAAAGAUCCCAUGACCCAGGUAACACUUUAAGUAGCUAAUAACAUGAUUAACACUAAUCCACUUUUAUAUAUCUUGUAACUAAAUUUAGACCGUAAUGCACUCCAUAGAAUAAAAUUGUGCCCCACCUACUCCACAGGAAAGCAAGAGGUUUCAAAGCAUGCAAAGGAAGACUAGUGUUCAAAAGAAUUGUAGGUUUUAUUUAAUGCUGCCCUGUUUAACUUGUUAAGAAAUAACCCUUCAGCACACACAAUGAGCUCCUUGCCCUAGAUUACAGCAACAUCCUUUGCGAAAUAGGUAACAAAGGUUUUGCUUUGUACUGCUGGCAGUGUUGAACCACAGCAAAGUAACUGUUAAAAUGGUUGGGGAUAGCUCAAUGGGGCUGGCUUGCAGCAGGAGAGGGAGGGGAGCUGAUUAAUGCCAGAUUGUAUUAGAAACUGAGAUAUCUAAUUCACCAUGUUUCAUUGAUGAAGGUUCUCGGAGGGAGUUUGCUGAAGGUAUUUGGUAAUUUUUAUGUUAUGACAUCUUCACAGGGCAAACUAAUCAAUGUAAGCUUUGUGUUAUGCUUAUCACACAUUAUAUACAUAUUUGAUUUGUAUGGAAGGACAAAUGUGACCUUUUUAAUUGGUCUUCCGGGCUAAAUAUAUAUAUUCACUAUUUACAAGAUUUCUCUAGUUUUAUAUCUUGUGGAAACACAUGCUUUUAUAUAUUUAUAUACACACACACCCUAAAAUAUAGACACUUUCACCCAAUUAUCUCCCCUGAUUACGUCCAUCCUACCCUCCCCCCCCCAGCUCCAAUCUUCUUGACCCACACACAUAACAGUUGGCAGAGCUGCCUCAUUCAAAAUCUUGAGACACCAUACCAAGUUACCCGAUCCUUAAGGAUCCUCUGUUAUAAAACUAUCCUACACCACAGUUGUCAUACUCACGGGCCCCCACCCUGUAUUAAUCCUGGGCCUACUACCAAUCCCAAACAGGGCUCCACACUUCGGUAGGGAGCAGGACCAUUAAAAUGAACUCUCACUUGUUUGCAUAACAUGUAACUCACAAUCUAUUAUUGCCACUGAUCGAACCGCAUCUUGCAUAGCAUGUAACUUGACCACUAUUGUAUAACCUCGUAUAGUCAGUUAGGGUAACCAAACUCUUAUCUUAUGUCAAUUUGUCUCUCUGCUGACUACUUCUCCUUUUUUUUUUACUUAAUUUUUUUUAUUUUUUUUAUUAUUUCUACAAUUGAAAAUGCGUAGUUUAGCUACCAAACCUUUAUCACAAAAUACCGUGCUGUCUACUCGAGUAGAAACGUGACACUAUUGCUCACUACAACUGUUGUCAUGUUCACUAUUCCGUUGUGUUUUUAAAGUAUGCCGGCAAUUGCCGUUGUGACAUUGCGGGUUACCUUGUAUACUUCUGCACGACCAAAAAUAAAGAAUUAAAAAAAAAAAAUAUAUAUAUAUAGACACUAUUAAUUGGGACAAUAACCAUUUAUAGAUCAGCUUCAAUCUAUUCUACAUAAAAAGUAGUUUGUAAAACUUUUCACAUCUUUUUUAUAUUGGAUACAAAAUGUUCAUAUGUAGAUCUUAUUGAUAAGGGAAUUUUUUUAAUUAUUAUUUUUACACUUUAGAUUUACUCCAGAAUUAUGUUAGGAUGUUAUCAUGCAUUUUGGACCAUUUGAUUGUGAAGAUUCUAUAAAGAUAAAUACAGUAUACAAACAUGUAAGACACACUAACUAAAAUCUGUAAUUCUAAUGAUAUGUUAUCUAAUAUCUCAUUAGUAGUUUAUACAAAUGCUUAUGUCUGUUUUUGUACUCCACUUUUGCAGACAUAGUGAAGUAAGAAAAUGGUACAGUUACACUAAAAAAACUACGAUCUGGUAGUUUAACAUUUGCCACACUCCUCUGCUAAUGGCCACAUAGUAAUCAUACUGUGUGCUUCUAUUAAAUACUUCAUUACGUCUUUUGUGUAUAUAUUAAAAAUCAAAAAUCCUGCAGAUGGGAGUUGCCAGUGUGGGAACAAACAGAUGUUAGAAGAAGGUCGUUUGAAUAGUGAAAGGAACAAGAAAGGGUGUAUUUGAUUAAAGAAGAAAUGCAGUGAGGAGUGGAGUUAGUGAGUGCAAAGUCUACCUGAAGCAAAUGUAAUGACUGGCAAAGGGGUGAGGUGUGGGGGAAGCAGUCCGUCAGGAAGAUGAAACUGACAGCAGAGUUCAUUACAGACUGAAGAGGGGCAAUGCUGGUAAUUGGAAGGCCAAUGAGUGGUAAGUUGCAAUCAUCAAGUCGGGAAAUGACUGCACAAACAAGAUCCUUAGUUGUAUCUUGAGUUAUAAAAGGACGAAUGCGUGUAAUAAUUUUGAGGUGGAAGUUACAGGAUUUGAAGAAGGGCUGGAUGUGAGGAGGAAAGGUGAAACCUGAGUCAAAAAUAACUCCAAAGUAGCAAGCUUGAGGAGUUGGUGUUAUAGAGGUUUCAUUGAUGUGCAGGGAGAUAGAUGGAGGACGAUGGGGAAAGAUAAAAACUUAAGUUUUGAAAGAUUAAGUUUACAUCCAUAUGGAGGUGGAUGUGAGGCAGUUUGUGACUUGUUUAGGAGGGUAGGAGAGGGAAAUCUGAGUAUCUCCUGCAUAUGGAUCGUAAUGAAAUCCAAAAGAGUUUAUAAGGUUAUCAAGAGAGGCAGUGAAAAUGGAAAGUAAAAGGACCAAGAACACACGCUGAGGAGGUAGCACCAGAGAAGGAGGUACUAAACGUGCAUUCAGAAAGAUAGGAUGAAAACCAGGAAAGUACCGUGUCACUGAGUGCAAGGGUUUGGUGGGUUUGAAGAGGAGGAGUUUGGUCAAUCGCAUCACAGGCAGCAGAGAUGUUUGGAAAAAUUGAGACAGCAAUGACAUUUUAGAUUUAGCUGUGAUUAAUUAAUCACUUUAAGGGCAAUUUCAGUAGAAUGGAGGGAGUGGAAGCCAUAUUGAAGAGGGUGAAAGCAAGAGUAAGUAUUGAAAACGCAUACAGCUACACAGGCAAGCCACUCAAGAACCUUUAGAAGUGAAGGGGUGAAGCAAUAUGGAACAGUUUUGGCUUUUUUCUAUUUUUAUUUUAGAUUGGAUAAGAUGAGAGGGGAUCAAGAGGGCAUGUGGUCGGGUGAGAGCAUAGUAUAAGUUUAGAGGCCUUCUCUUCAGAGACUGUAGGAAAGCAGUGGAAGAGGGAAGAGAAUGGAAGCUAAGUAUAGGAAGGAAGGAGGAAAUAGAAGAAAUUGUAUUCCUCAUUUGGUUGAUCUUGACAUUCAAAAUCACGAGCUGGGAGCUUCGUUAAUGGCAGGUUGAAGAGAGUUAAAGGUAUGCAAAAGGCAUUGCGAUCAUGAGGUGGAUAUGAGAGCUGUAAAGUACUCUUGCUUGGCAAAGGAGAGGGUGGAAGUAUAGGAAUGUAGCAUGAAUUUGUAAUUAUUAGAGUUAGUUUUAUUAGGUGCAGGCAUGUGAAGAGUGGUAGACAGGACAGAAUUGUAGUAUGAGGUAGCUUGGAAAGAGCAAGAGAAAUGAUUUGGAUCAAGGGAGCAUUACUUUCUGGUAACCAAGGUGAGCUAGAUUUAAUGUUGAGUGGAGGGGAACACUGGCAGUGCCAAAGGAGAGGAGGUGAUUGAAAGGUAGAGGUAACAUCCCCAACUGCUAAAAGCAUACGGGUGGCUAGAGAAAGAAGGUGAGAAUAGGUGUUAAAUAUAUUUGUUGGACAUUGUGUUUGGAGGCAGGAUUGGAGGUCAAACAGAUGUGUGAUAAGAUUGCAUGGGAUGAAAUAUGCUGUGAAGGAAGUAAAAGGAGAAUUACAGAUUGAGUUACUUGGUGGGGGGUGGAAGGAAAGGUAUGCUUUAAAAAAAAAGGAAAAUGAGUAAGAAUGAGAACAUCAAGGAAGGUGGUGUCAGGUAGUGUAGCAGUCUGACAGCUAGGCAGGAAUUGGUGAGAAUGAGAAGUGGGCAGUAACCAAUAUAGGAGAUUGUAAAGGUGAGGUCUGCAAAGAGACACUAGCAGCUGAUGACCAUAAUUUUGUAAUUUGGGGAGUCUAUAUUUUAAAUGGGACCUUGUGGUGAGUCUGAGAGAAAAGAGUGCUUUUAUGCCCCAUUUCCACUGAGCGGUGCGGUCUGGUACGCUAUUUUGAGUGUUUCUGUUAUGAAAGUGGCCCGUACAACCGAACCAAACCACACCAUUCCUGGGCCCCCUUCAGAAUUAGGUCCAUAGGAAUUGGUACGGUUAGGGCAGAGCUUACUGACAUCACACUAUACAACCCAUUGACUGGCGAACAGGAAAAUGUCAAUGCUCAUGACAAAUGACACACAUGCCCCCUGGUGGUCCAAAUUGCAGUGGAAACGCUCACCUGCAUAGGCUGGACCAUUCUAACCCUUCCGAACCGUAUCGACCUGAACCAUGGUGCUCAGUGGAAACGAGGCAUAACUUGUCUUGUCUGUGAGAGACCGAAACUGUGGGUGGGAAAAAAGGUUAGAUCAGUGGUUCCCAAACUUUUUAGGUUCAUGGUGCCCUUAAUAUUUCAUUAUAUUUUCAAGGCACCCCAUUAGUAAUGUUUCCCAAGUGCAAUAAUCAUAGCAUAGCACCAGGGAAACAUUCUGCGGUGCCCCUGUGUACAUGUCACACGCAGUUUUGGGAACCGCUGGGUUAAAUAGGUGCAAUUUGGAAAAGGCAUCCACUAGGAAUAAAUGGUUCAUAGAGUUCACAAGAAUCAGAUAUAGGUCUGGUGACACAGAUGCUAGCGUAAAAUAUUCUGUUUCUAAAUUCGGGCUACAGCAUAGAAUUGUAAUGAAAAAAUAUAGAACGGAUAAAAUAGCAAUAGGAAAAACAGAGAAUAGAGCUGAUAUAAGUGCGCUGGUGUGCAGCUUAAGUAUCCCAGAUGUACCUUGCAGAGAUUAAAGGGACACUCCAAAGCCCAAAUGGGGAAAAAAACAGCUCUUCGCUGUUUAGUUAAUAUACCCCAAUGAAUACGUGCAUGCAUUUAUCAUGCAGGUGUUCAUUGGGGGUAUAUCUUAAAAGAACUCAAGUAAAGCAUGCCUGCCACUUGUGUUAGCUCAGGGGAGCUAACAGAAUCAGGCUGCAAACCUCCUUGACUGGGUGUUUAAUAAAUUCUAAAAGUGCCCAUAUCUCAUAGAAAUCAGCACUUUUUAUAAAAUGUCAUUGGAAAUUAGAUACUGCUCAGCCAAGCAAGCUGUGGUGCUUUAUGGGUAAGGCAGUUUCUUCAAAUGCGGUUUGUUUGGGGAUGUAGUCUUGAUAACUAUAGGUCUUAGUUUCCUUCAGAGAAUGUGUUUUUACUUGGCUCGUGCGUGGGACAAGCAAUUGUAUGGCAAAUUUACAAUAGGGACCUUCUUCUGAGGGUUGUUGAAGGCCUAGUCUCACAUGUUUAAUAUUUUUACAUUAAAAUAGGUUGAUGGUGUAGUCUGGUCUUUAAUUUCAUUAUUUUCUGACUUUUUUCUGUUAAAGAUAUUAUUGUUUGUCUUUAAAAUGCUUAAAAAUAAUCUUGCCAAUUACCAUUCAGGAAACAAAACUCAUCUCUGUUUAUGUAUACAACCUGCCAGUGAAUGGGUUUAAUUAAUAUUCAGUGCUGUAGGCCUCAAUUCUCUUACAGUUAACUAUGUGUAACGUCAUUAUUGGCUGACUGCAGCUUUCAGUCAAAGUUACACAGCAAGCAAAUUUAACAUCCUGAUCGAGCAACCAAGAAGGGAAGGCACUUUAAAAAAAAAAAACAACUUUAAAACACAGAGUAACACACAUUGAGACAGAUGGAUCGCUGUUAUUUUCAAGUGGAUCUCAUUUAUUUACCAGUUCUACGUAGAUACCUUUAUAAAUGAUACAAAGAACACAAUAAUUAGACACACUAAUACAAAUUGAAAAGAGAAUCCUGACCAUUGGGUUCAACCACCUACAGGAUACUAUAUACAUGAAGGCUUCUGAGCUUAGAGUCUAGAGGGGAAAUGUACAUUGAGACAAAAGGCUUAUUGCUGUAGUGAGACUCGUUUGGAAAUAUACACCUGUAACUGAAUGGCAUCAGAAUGUUCUUAUUGUAAGAUUAAAAAAAAAAUGCUGCUAUGGGAUGAGAAUGAUUUGAGAGACGUUAAGGGAUAGAAUUAGGGUCUCUUGGGUUUAUGGAUAAACUUUUCUUGGUUUACAUGAGGAGUAUUGUAUCAAACAAAUUGGAUUGGUUACAGCUAAAUGGCGGUAACUAACCAAAUUUAUAUAGUGAUUCAGCUGAUUAGAACAACUAACUGAAUGGCAGCCAUAAAGAAGUGUAAAUUCUUAAGAAAUUUAACUUUUGAGUAUAGCCAGAUGGAUUUCUAACACAAACUUUCUGUAAGAGCAGACCCAUUUGGGAAACCAGGCAACAUUUAGCUGCAUUUCUAAGUUGGAGCUAGCCCUCUAGGGAGCGCUUAGCCAUACAUGGCUAUACUAGCUGCAAAGAGGCAACUGCUUGGUUCUUCGCGGCAUCCAAUCUGAGCUGAGAAAUAAAGGGCUGUCUGGCACAGCCAGAAAUUUUGUCUUGUCCGGUGAGUGCAUGAGAGGUAUAUAAAUCUUCCUAGCAACUGUCUCUAGUCUGUGGUUUGUAUUGCAUGAGAGGUCAAUUAUGAGAAUAAAAUAUCUGUGAGAUAGUAUCGGGUACGAGGGUGUGAAGCAUGUUCGUAGGAGUCAUGGAUGAGUUCCGUUUUUCUCGGGUAUUGCUACAGUUACAGGGACAGUGUCAACUGCUAGGAAACAAAUUUUAUAACAAGUAUAUCUGACAACAGGAAACAUCCAUCUCUAAAAGGGCACAGAGAUAGUGCAAACAGUAUUGAUAUUAAAGAGUACAAACAUUUAAAAAUUUGCAAAAAUCAAGACUGCACACAGAUUUAGUAACCUGUACUGUGUGGAGUCUUUUGCACUAUGAUUAAUGUAUGUGCACUUUUAAAAAACAUUUUUUUUUUAUAUAAUAUCGUUUUGGGUAACAUUGUGAUGUUUUACUUUUUUUUUUCCCUAUGUGUAACAGGAAACAUCCCUGUACUGUUUAGCCACAGUGACUUCGGGUUCGCUCUUAUUGUCAAAUUAUUCAGUUUUCCAAUUCAUGCUUAAAUACACAAAGUGCAACUGUUGGCACCAGUUUUACAUUGUAAUUGUAUUGUGUAUUAAAGGGUUACUGUAACCCUUUUUCCGUGUGUGUUAUUUUUAUUUCAUAAUUACAUUUGGACAUCACUAAUUUGUCCAUCCCCCAUGACUGCCUGCCAGGGUUUAAGCUCAAUAUGUCUGUCCCUAGCACACAGUGCGCUCUGACGACAUGCAUCAUUUUUGCACACAUUUAACAUUCGGCAGGCCGCGACACAGUUCUGGGCUAUUUCCGUCAUGUGUGCCGGUGGUGUAACUAGUGCUUCGCACAAAAGUGCAUAUUUCUCUGUAUUUACAGUUUCAAGCAGAAAUGGUGCGCGCAUACAGAUUCCUUCCCCCAUGACCACCUCUAAAAGCAGAAGUGGUCAUGGAGGGUGUAGUAACAUUUUAAUUGGGCACUACAAGUAAAAUAACAAUGUUGCAUUAUUGUAAUGAUUAUGGUGCAGAGAGUACCUUACAUCCACACUAAGUUCUGACAGUGGCUUAUUCCUUCACCUAUAAGACACCCAGAUGCCAAGCUGUCUGGGUCAGUUUUGUCCAAAGUAAGCACGCCUCAGAUGUAAGUAAGUAGGAUCUCCCCUCCCACUGUUCAGUCUUUGACUGUAAAGCUCUGCACACAAUCCUUUUUAUCACACAAGUGUGAUAACUAGGGAUAAACUGCCCAUCCCAUAAGUCCCUGUAGAUGUAAAUGAGAGGCUUUUGAUUGGCAUAACCUAUUCCUCUAUGCUGUGCAGAUACAGAUUCAUAGUAGGUAGGGUGUUUUUUUUUCUUUAAUGCAUUAAAGGGACACUAUAGUGUCAGGAAAACAGCUUGGUUUUCCUGACACUAUAGUACCCUGAGGGUUCCCCCUCCCGCAGCGCUGAAGGGGUUAAAACCCCUUCAGCUACUCACCCUUUCCCCCCGCCGGGCUCCCUUACCUCUCCUCCCCCGCCGACGUCAGCAUCCUUGUCUGACGUCACUGGCGCCAAAUGCGCAUGCGCGACACUGCCGCAUGCGCAUUCAAAGUGUCCGUAGGAAAGCAUUUUUCAAUGCUUUCCUAUGGACGCUCUGCGUGAUUUGAGGCAUAAUAUGCCUCAAUCAUUGCUGAUGCGCCUCUAGUGGCUGUCUGGAAGACAGCCAUUAGAGGCUGGCUUAACCCCAGAUGUAAACAGGCAGGGUUAACCCUAGAGGGAACUGACACCCAGACCACUUAAUUGACCUGAAGUGGUCUGGGUGACUAUAGUGUCCCUUUAAUUAUAACAUGCGUGGAGAUGUAGGAUAAUUUUUGUCUGUUGCUCACUCUUAAAAUUGCUCUUAUGCAACACUGUACUUCGCUUGCCAGAGACUACACGUUUGCUCGCCUGUUGUUUACAUAGAAUGCCGUAUAUUUGUGUUUAGGUCACUGCAGUUAUUUUUCCCAAUUUUUCCAAGGCAACAAAUUGCUGCAAUCCGUUACAUACCCAUGCACUGAAGUCUCUGAACACACAGCACUGUUGCCUGGUUUUGAAACACACCAAGGUACUGGCAAAUGUGGUUUAUGAAACAAUUUAAGCCUUACUUUCAGACCAGUGCUUCUAGCUUUCAUAUUCUAGCUCUGAUUAUAGUGUACAUAGGCUCAGCGUGCUUAGUCAGUUAGUCAUGGGAAAAAGAAAGUACACCCUCUAUGAAUUCUAUAGUUUUACAUAUCAGGACAUAACAACCAUAUGUUCCUUAGCACGUCUUAAAAUUAGGUAAAUGCAACCUAAGAUGAACAACAAUGCAUGACACCUUGUCAUGAUUUAUUUAACAAAAAUAAAGCAAAAAUGGAGAAUCCAUAUGUUAAGUACACCAUUACUGCUUCCAUAGAAAUUAAGAGGCUAAGUAGCAGACAGGUGCUGCUAAUCAAAUGCCCUUUGACCACCUGUAUAGAAGUACGUUUUAGCCGUUUGCUGGUCUGGGGCAUUCAGGUGUGUGUUAACACAAUGCAAAAAAAAGACAUCAGCAAUAAUCUUAGUGAAGCAAUUGUUUCUGUCCAUCAAACUGGGAAGUGUUAAAAGGCCAUUUCCAAACAAUUUAAAGUCCCUCAUUCUAUAUUGAGAAAGAUUAUUAAAAUGUGGGAAACACUGAAGACCGUUGCCAAUCUUCCCAGGAGUGGAUGUCUCAGCAAAUUCAACCCAAGGUCAGACCGUGUAAUGCUCAGAUAAAUUGCAAAAAAAUCCACGUGUUACAUUUCAGACUGUACAGGCCUCAGCAUGAUAAUGUUCAUGACAGUACAAUUGGAAGAAGACUGAACAAUUAUGGUUUGUUUGGUAGGGUUGCCAGAAGAAAGCCUCUUCUCUUUAAAAAGAAUAUGGCAGUACGACUUAGGUUUGUAAAGUUGCAUCUGAAUAAACCACAAGACUUCUAGAACAAUGUCUUUUGGACAGACGAGACCAAAGUGGAGAGGUUUGGCCAUAAUGCACAGUGCCAUAUUUGGCAAAAAACAAACAUUUCAGCACAAACACCUCAUAUUACCAGCACAGUGGUGGAGGGUGGUGAUUUGGGCUUGUUUUUCAGCAACAGGAUCUGUGAAACUUGCAGUUAUUGUCGCCCGUGAACUCCUCUGUAUACAAAAGUAUUGUAGAGUCAAAUGUGAGACCAUAUAUCCAACCGCUACAGCUUGACUGAAAGUAGGUAAUUCAACAGGAAAAUGACUCCAAGCACACCAGCAAAUCUACAACAGAAUGGCUGAAAAAGAAAAUAUUCAAUAUGUUGCAGUGGCCCACUCAAAGUCCAUACCUCAAUUUGAUUGAAAUGCUGUUGCGGGACCUUAAGAGAGCUGUGUAUAAACAAAUGCCAGCAAACGUCAAUGAACUGAAGCAACGUUGUAAAGAGUGGGCCCAAAAUCUUCCACAACCAUGUGAAAGACUGAUAGUCAUAGAGAAAACAAUUACUUCAAGCUAUUGCUGCUACAGAUGGUUCUACAAUAGAAACUGUCUUUGAAACUUCGUUUUUCACACAUUGCUUCUCCAUUUUGACUUUAUUUUUGUUACAUUGUGACACGGUGUAAUAUGUCAUAUGGUGGUGUUCAUCUGAGAGUGUAUUUACAUCAUUUUAAGGCGUACUAAGGAACAGAUUAUUAUGUCCUGGUAUAUAAACCAUAGAAUUUAAAGAGGGUGUACUUUAUUUUUCCCAUGACUAUACAUGUUGCAGAGUGGCAAUACGACAUGUUGAGGAAACACUGUAGCAUUAUAAAUAUCGUUGUAGUAUAUUAGUGUGUUCCUUGCUGUGUUUAGAUUACCCCACCCCCUUGUUUAUAUAUAUAUAUAUAUAUAUAUAUAUAUAUAUAUAUAUAUAUAUAUAUAUAUAUAUAUAUAUAUAUAUAUAUAUAACAAAACAAAAACUAGUGCUAGGAAUACAAAGUUGUUUCCCUCCAUUGCAGAAAGGGUUAAAAACCCCUUUAUCACUUACCUGAAUCUAGCCCGAUGUGAAUCAAUGCUUUCCUGUGGGGUUUUAGCUGACGCUGGAUGUCCUCAUGUAAAACGUGAGUAUGUCCAGCGUCAGGCGUUCAAAAUUCGCCUACCCACCUGGAAGUGCCUGGUGGCUUUCUGGUAGGCAGCCUCUAGAGGUGGAGUCAACCCUGCAAUGUAAUUAAUGCUGUUUAUCAAUAACUGCAAUAAUUACAAUUGCAGGGUUAAACUGAUUAGGGGCAUUCAGUGCAUCCAGACCACUUCAAUAAGCUGACGUUUUCUAAGUGCCUAUAGUGUCCCUUUAAAAAGAUUGAAUGUAACUCUUUGAUAAAAAUCCCAUAUUGUCUGGCAUCAUGGGAUAUAGGAUACGUGUCUGACUUACACCAAAGGCCAGAUACAACGGUAUCAAGCAAUAUUGUUCUUUGGAUUAUUUUGUAUAACAACAAUAAUGUUGUGCACAUUGGGUGGAAGCAUAGGGUUAACAUAACUUUUCUUUGUGGCAAACCAAAAUGUUUAAAAUAUAGGUUGAUUAAUUAGACUUUAUUUGCAGUUUAAAUGCAUUGGUAUAUAUUGCUUUAUUUUCCCUCUGUUCAUUACAAUAGUUUUUGUUUAUUUUUAGUUGUAGAUUUAUUAUUUUUACUAAUGACAAUUUUACAACCCUCUGUCUUUUUUGUGUUUAAAAAAAAAAAAAAAAAUUAAAAAAGGAAAUGGGCAUUUCUUGUAGGUCUAAAUCAGUGUUUGGUUCACCUGGUUUGGUGUGCAUUUUGUAGCUCACAGCUGGCCCUUUUUAUUGUUUUUUAUUGAAACUCUCUUGAGUACCCUUAUCAGUUACUCCUACUCUUGAACACAUUACUAUCUUGUUUGUCAUUGAUUUUGUGAUAAGUGCUGCCACUGGUUUCAGAGUUACUACUGCUUCAACUUUUCAUUUUUUUUUUUUAUUUUUUUUUUUUUUAAAGGGACACUAACAUCACCAAAACAACACUAGCUUAAGGAAGCAGUUUUAGUGUAUAUAGAUCAUGAUCCUGCAGUCUCACUGCUCAAACUUAGUGACUUUAGUGUCCCUUUAAACUCUGUUUUAAAUGCGGUAUUAAUCCACAUAUAUAAGCCGUCUUUUGAGUUAUCAGACAUUCUGCCGUAAUGUGUGUAACAGGGAGCAAAUGCAUCAUCCCAGCAAGAGUGUUCUUUUUAUAAUAUGCGUCGUCAAGUGAGUAAAGUUUGACAUCCCACUAUAGCCUACUGUAUCAGCGCUGGUUAGUUCUAUUUGUGACUCUAAAACAUCAGUAAAUCCAGUUUGGUAGUUCUUAAAGCACUUUACAAAUAUAUCCCUGCCCCCCCAACCUGUCAAGCAAAUCUGUCAAGCAAAUCCCAUGGGUUGAUUGACAAGGGAGCAAGUGUUACAGCAUUGUAAAUCCCAAGGAUCCUCUGAGAUAAUGGUGCUGGAGUGAGGGGCAACACAUAAGUAAUAUAACAGACACCAAAGGACAUGCCUAUAUGAUUUAUCACGGUGAUAAAUUAUAUAUAUCUAUGCCUUCUGAGGUGUUGUCUAUUAAACUGAACCUGCCAUGACAGGCUCACUUCAACGAAGACAGGAAAAAUAUGUUGGGUAGAUAGUUCAUAUUCUGCAACAAUGAAUGAGUGUUGACUGUUGGCUGUUAGUGCCCAAUAGCAUGAUGGUUAGCAUUUUAUUCACUUUAAAAAAGCUAUUUGUGCUAGUAAAUAUGAGCCACGGAAAGUAAAGUUUCUAAAUACUAAAAUUUUUGCUUUAGGUUGUUACUAAACAAUCUGCAGUGAGCUGAGAAUUGUUAAAAUAAAUAGACCUGUUCAUACUGACCUGCUGGAUUAUUAGAAUACUGUGAUCAAUGGAUUACAUGGUUUUUAUUACAUUUUGCAGUUACAAUGAGGGUAAUGUGUAAACCUGAUAACCCAGCACAUUUAGAAUUUAUGCAGCUGGUGAGUGCUUGGAUAUAGAGUUGACGAGAUUCAUGCAUGUGAUGCAUACUCGCAUAGAACACGUGUAUAGGAAUGCUCAUUAAAUUGCAAUUUGGCUGCUUCGGUGCUGGAGACUGCAGAAUGCAUUUUUGCUUAUUGCAUGAUUUGUUAUUUAGAGGGCUUCACAUACAUCCAUUUGUAACCGUUCUUGCAUGUUACACAUUUCGAGGAAGAUCUUGUAGAUCAACUUAUAAAGUUCAUAUUACAUGUUGGUUUUCUCUAAACCAGAAAUGGGAUUCAUAAGAGUUCAUAUGGUCCAUGUGUUUAUAAAUGUGCAUACACUAACUGCAACAAUAUUCUAGACUGGCUUUUAACUUCUGUGUACUUUGUUCUGAAUUCUUCAAGCUGUGAAAGAUGUGCCUCCAAUAGCGUGCAUUCGACUGUGCCAGCUGGUGCUUCGAUAUAGGAUUUGCAUUAGUAGUUUGUUUUAUUUAGUAAACCAUUGCUAGUCAUUUAGCUUUUAAUAGGUGCUGAGAAAUAAUGAAAAUAUAUUGCAUGUGGAUCUUUAUUGGAAGCAGUGUGAGUGCCAUUGGUAUGCAUAAUACUAUGAUAAUUAUUGUUAUUUAUGAAGCACCAACAAAUUCCGUAGUGCCGUACAAUAGGUGGACUAGCAAAUUGGUGUAUGUUACGAGGAAGGAUACAUUAAACGCUCACAGGUUUUCAGUUUAUGUCCUGGGGUACAAGUUGUAUUACACAACACAGUAGAGGUGCUACUUUUACGAUCUCAGACAAAUAGUAGGCUCAUUUGACCUACUCUUCAUCCAAAAACACAACCCUGUGAUACUGCAACUAGAGCGUAAACCACCCAUAAAGGAAACUAUUGUCAAAGUAAAGCACUUUAUCAUGCACUUUAUUUUAUGAAGUAUCUGCAUCUAUUGGCACGAGUCAGGAUGUGUUGGGCACCCUACAACAUCAGACUCCGCUUUUGUGUUUUGGCUCAUCGCACAAAGUAUUUUUUGAUAUUGCUUCCUUUUUACUAAGCACUGAGUUUACGAAAUUGUGAGAUACUUUUCUCAUCACCAUAUCCUUUCUUCCAAUAUUUUUUUUUUAGCUCUUACUUGGGUGAAAGUCUAACAAAGGGGAAGGGUGUUCCAUAGGAAUGGUGCAGCCCUAUAGAAGUCUUUAAGGUGAGCGUCAGAGGUAGGAGUACGAACAGAGGUUAGACGUAGGUCUCCGGCAGAGCGUAGGGGCCUAGAUGGGAAAUAUUUGUGUAAUAGUGAGGAUAAGUAGGUCGGAGCAGCAUUGUGUAGAGAUUUAUAGGGAAGUAUCAGGAUCUUAAAUUGAUCCUGAUACUUGCCUAUGUAGGGACUGACAAAGGGAGGAGGCGUGGAUACUAAUGUGACAUUUUGUGGUUUUGUUUUUCCCUUACAAUAUUGCUUGAUGGCUCUGUUUGUGAUUGUAAUUUGGUUUUCAAUUGUUAAUGAAAUAGAGAUUGAAUCACUAUUAAUUGAAUAACCAUGUUUUAUUUCCAUAUAUAUCGUUCAUGAUAUCUAGGUUACUAAUUUUAUUACCUAGUAGUAGUUAAAAAAAAAAGGGGGGACAUUCCAACCCCAAUCAAUACCCCUUAACCAAAAUGCUUAACUUAAAGGGACACUGUAGUCACUAUAACCACUUUGUCUCUUUGAAUUGGUUAUAGUGUCUGGAGUGCCCUGGCACUGUCCCUCCAUUCAGAGUUGCACCAUGUUUGUGCAGUAUGCCACAAAAUAAGAGUCCCUGGCCACCCACAGUCCGGCCCCUUCUGUAUGUGUAGCUAAAGCAGAGAUUACACACUUCCUUGUUGUCAUACCCAUUCAUACCGUCAGUUGGAGCUCUGACAGGUUAAAAGCAGUCAGCUGACACUCUCAGCCAAUCACAGCUGCCCAUUGCUGCUCAGGGUAAUACUUCCUUAUUAGCCAAAGCAGCACAGAGGGGAUGGACUGCUGGGGUCUCUUGUUUAGCAUUAAAACAUUACAACAUUAAAAACUGUUUAAUGCCGAAAGAAAUGAUGGCACCAGGGGACUCCAUACACUAUAACCAGUUUAAUCAGAUGACGCAAAUACAGUGCCUACGGUGUCCCUUUAAACCCCCAAUCCUGCUCCUCAAUAUGAAUGAUGUGCUCUUUGACUUCAAUACAACGCCUCAACAUAACUCAUGGCAGUAAUGUUCUAUGCCGUUAAUAAUGUGUUACUACUGCUCUUUGUCUAAACAUCCCAUUUCAAGCAUCAUUUAUAACAAUUUAAAGGUCUUUAGAAAACAAAAGGGAUUUAUUGAAGAUAAAAAUUUACAAGGACUACUCCUUCUAACUCUGAGGACUGAGUACGAAAAGGAAGACUUGUUCAUCACUGACUCAUACAAUUUGAAAUUUCUUAAGUUCUAUUAUGAUUAUAAAUGUUUUUCGGGAGUUUUUCUUUUGCAAACCUUUAUUUAGAAUCCGUUUAUUAGGGCAGUUGCACUGUAAGUUGAUAGGUUUAUUUCUGUUGUAAUUAUCAGAUUGCUUCUGUGCAUUUGGUAGAAAGUUGUAAUUACUUUCUGAACUUGUUUUGCUGACUACUAAACUUCCUAAAAGUAUUGCAGGUACUGUAAAAGGGUGUAUAUUCCUUUUCUACCUUUUUUUGUGUUUGUGUAUAUGGUAGACUAUACUUUAAAUUACUAUAGUUACCAGAACUACAGCUUAUUGUAUUUUUUUUUGGUGAGUAUAAUCAUUACCUUUAGACUUUUUGCCGUAAACACUGUUUUUUUGUUGUUGUUUUUUUCUCAGAGAAAAGGCAGUGUUUACAUUACAGCCUACAUUACAUUACAGUGUGUACUGUCCUGCUAGAGGUGCUUCCUGGGACAGUGCUGCACACUGUGCAGCACUGCCAUUCAGUGUCUCCACCCUCUGCAUGGAGACACUGAACUUUCCUCAUAGAGAUGCAAUGAUUCAAUACAUCUCUAUGAGGAGAUGCUGAUUAGCCAGGGCUGUGUUGGCUUAUGCUGACUGCCCUUGAUGUGCCUUAACAAUUUAAGCCAAUCCAGUGUUUAUCUAAAGGAAAGCAUUGGGAUUGGCUCAGAUCAUAACUUGUGAAAAAGUCAGCAAAGCAGGCAGAUCAAGGGCAGAGCCAGCAGCUGCAGCAGACUGGAAUAAAAGUAAGAUGUUACUAUAUUUAUGGGGCCAGGGGAGCUUGAUGGUGUUUUUUUAACACAAUAGGGACAGAAAUACAUGUUUGUGUUUCUUUAAAAAAAUAAAUAGCUUGAUGAUACUAGGUUAACAUGUCUGCAUCUUGCUUUUUUGGGGGUAGGGGGAUUUUUUUUUCUACUUUAUUUGUCCUGUAAAGUGUAAUACUCACGUGUUGUUAGGGACUGGUCAGACCUGUGUUAUAACGGAUAUAACUUUCACCAAGUUGUUUGGUGUGAUGUAUAAUUUACUGACUCUACAGCCUUUUAUGUUCUACUUUGUUUUGUUCUGUUUGUACGAUUGAUUGCCAUUGUCAUGUAACAUCAACCAAAUGAGAGAAAAGCAUUCUCAAUAGAAAAUCAAAUAUAGAGUAAAUAAAAAAAAUAAAUAACAGGCAGUAAUACAUGCAGUCGAAAUUUUUUUUUUUUUGAAUGUCUAUCACUGUUUUUCCCAUGGCUUGCCCCUCCUCUUGAAUAUCUUCAGUCUGUACUGCCUUUUGCUUCUGUCAAUGGAAUAAGUUAUAUUGAGUGAAACCGAACAGGAAAUGGGGGAGGUAUUAGCACAAGAUCCAUUUAAUCCUCCUUGUUAGCUACAUUAUAGGUCCAGCAAGUUCUAUAUUAACAAUUUGAGUGCUAUAGCUCUGGGCAGGUAUUACAAAUGUCAUGUUGGAAUACAGCCAUGCAGUUCAUGAGGUCUUAAAUAUUAGCUACACUCUAUCGGACAGUAACGUGAAAGAGGCCGUGCUUCAUUUACAGUUUUGUCCCUUCAGCAUGGACAAGGUGUGCAUGGGAGUUGUAGCUCUGUGUAAUGCCACUUAAAUAAUUCUGACAAACCUUAAAGGAGGAGGCCUAUGAUGUCGGAUUCAAACUCCUAUCAUUCCUAUAUAAGUGUGGUGUUAAAGGAGUUUGCUGUGGUUGUGUACCCAGUUUUAACAAAGACAGACUGGAUAUAUGGCUGAUGAAAUGAACUCUAUUUAAAUAAUCCAAGGAAUAUCCGUCCCUUUUCACUUUAUUAUAGAAAAUUUCAACCUUGCAUUCACACGUUUCAGUUGAAUCUUGUUUUGAGUGUGCAUGUGUCUUUUCCUUUUGUAUAAAUUAUUUUGGUCAAUACAUUUUUUGUCAUGAUGGAUAUAUACUAUGAAUGGAAGCAGAACUACAUGUAUGCUUGGAAGGACUCUAAAAGCCAAGAAUUUAGCAUUUAGAGCAUGCAUGACCAUAUAUGGUAGAAUCGGGGUUCUUUUCAGCUGUUCAUUAACCCAGUAGUUGCAUGUGUGCUGUCUUGGAUACUUGGUAGAAUUUUUAUAUUUUAUUUUAUGUAAUUAUUUUUUCCCCAGAGCGUCUCACUACCUUUUUUUUCACAGUAGUGCAUUUAAAUUAUCUUGAAAAUCUCAUCUCCCACGGCCCGUGAUGGUCCUUCUUAUGAUUUUAACAAAAUUGUCUUGUUAACAGUGCCUUAUGUGAGUUCAGACAGUCUGUGGCCGUUUACUAUUUAUAUAAAUAUAUUUUCUUCUCUGUAUUUUGCAAGAUCCGUGUCCCUCCUGUGAUUUUACUGAAACCCGUAGCUGACUUGGAUCCUUUCCUUUGCCCUUUUUCUACAGGAGUACUGCGGAGUCUGCACGUAUGGAUAGUGUCACAUGUGCAUGCAUACUGAUUUCUUAUAGGGAACAAUGGAAUUCCACUAGAAAAUGCAGUGUAGCGCUGAGCAACAAUAUCUGUAAAUGAGAUGGGAAAUACAUGUGUAAGUAAAUGGACAAUGCUAACAGGCUCCAAUUGCUCACUCUUCCCAUAGAUUUUUUUUAAGGGUUAUUUAAUAAAGUGAGAAUUGUUGGGAAUUCAAGUGAACGGGCUGCAGUUGUUAUGGUGCUUUGAGUGGUGUUCCUUUCAGAAUUGGCCUUGUAGUGUGUGUGUGUGUGUGUGUGUGUAUAUAUAUUUUGUUAUAUCUGUGUCUAUUCACAUAAAGCUCAUUCUAUCUACCCUUGAUAUGUUGUCCAUUCCCGAGCACCGGAUUUUAUUGUUGACAAAAGAUUAGUUUUGAGUCUGGGAUGAUGUAGGGGGAUAAUUAGUAUGCAUUACUCACUGUUUCUGGGUGUGUUUCUCUAACAUUUAGAAAAACAUUGACACGACUUUUAUCCACAUACACUGUCUGAUAUACGUUCUAUUUCUUGGCUGCAUAAUCUGUAGUUCGAGAUAGCAAAUUAUGUUAAUGCAUGCUUGUGUAUAUUACUGUAAAGCUUGUGUGAAGUGAGCCACAGCACAGAAAAGCAUAAGGAGACAUUUCAAGCACCUUAGCUUAUGGUUCCAUUUUGUUUUACAUGUAAAAAGCUCCAUUGUUAAUUAUGUAAAGCCCACCACUAAAAUAUGUCACAACCUGUACAUUUUGAAUAGGUGAAGCAGACCAGCCGCACUAAAUAAACCCUGCUUAACAAAACAUUGUUUUUGGUUUGUUUGAUUUUUUUUUUUUCUCUCUUCGGUGUCUUUCUCCCUCAUUGCAGGGGAGAGAGAUGUCUGAGGACAGGCUAAGCAUUGGGCAGCAAGGUGGAUGUCAGUGCCCCCAUUGGUUGUCUGUUGUCGGCAUGCUAUACAUUCUAACGGUUGCCCAAUAUGCACAGAAUUAACAGUAGCCAGCAUGGCACCUUACUGGAGUGGAUAACAAUGCUACCGGAAAUGGAGUUUCACCUCUGGCAGUAAAGUGUAUUUUCUCUGUGUUUAGCAUUUCAAGCACCAUGGCCACUUCAAAUCAGUGAAGUUGAGUCCUUUCAUAUUUCUCACAACUGGGAACAGUCUGAAUUCUUUACAUUUGAAGUCUAAGGGUCUUUUACAUGGGAUUAAAUGACAGAUGUCUUAAAAAUACAUGCCAUUCCGGACCCGUACAAAAUUGUAUCAGUCUUUUUAAAUAAUGUUGUACUGUCUAGCUACAGAUGUAUACAAAUACAGUUUUAUGUUCAAAUAGUGCUUUGUUAAUUUUCUAAGUGAAAAUAAGUUAAAACAACAUCUACACAUAUCGAUAAGCUAAAGAUGUUACUGAACUACCUCCACUUGUACGUGGAUAAUCAAUACAUUGUGUACAAUAACUGAAUGUGAUGCAUGCAUGUACCAUGAACAAUACCCCCCUACUUUCUUUCUGUACCCCCAUCCCGACAAUGUACUCUAUCUAAAAUUCAAAAUAAAGAAUUUAUAAAAAAAAAAAAAACAUCUACAGUGAACUAAUAUACAUUUGAAAAUGUCUCAACAUGUUGAUAGUUAUUUUUUAACCAAACUUAAAGGGACACUAUAGCCACCAGAACAACAGCUUAAUGUAGAUGUUCUGGUGAAUGUCGUCAGUCCUUGCAGGCAUUUUAAUGUAAACACUGCCUAAUGUGUUUACAUUACAGCCUAGGAACACCUCUAGUGGCUACUAGAGGUGCUUCCUGGGUCAGUGCUGCAGAAAUGGCGCUCAGCAUCCCCACGCUCUGCGUGGAAGCAUAGAACUUUUCUCAAAAAUAUGCAUCUCUAUGAGCAGAUGCUAAUUGGCCAAGGCAGCGUUUGGCUCCUCACCCCACCUCUUUGGCUGAGACUAUCAAAAUUGACAAUCUCAGCCAAUCCAUUGCUUUUCUAUGGUAAAGCAUUGUGAUUGGCUUGGAUCAUCAAUUCUGAUGUCAGCCAAGGAGGCGGAUCAGGGCUGAGCCAAUGCUGGCAGACCUGCGCAGUGCUGGAAAGAAGUUGAGUUUUUACUACAUUUAAGGGGGACCAGGGGACCUAAAUAGUGUUUUAAACAUUAUAGGUUCUGGAAAAUGUUUGUGUUCCUGACCCUAAUGUGUUCCUUGAAAAAAUAUAUAUAUACACACACACACACACUUUGGUGUGGGUGCCCCUUGAGCCAUGGGAUUUCCUGCAUUACCUCCCUCCCCCAUCGCAGCUACUCUUCUUUUGUUUCAUCUCCUAUUUCUCUCGUCUCUUUCGCUGUCCUUUUGCUAUUUCUAUGUCUUCUCUUUACCUCUCUUUCUUUCCUCUUCAAAGUAUGUACCCUUUUGAAUAUUUUCAUCACAUGGUGGAGGUGCAUGUUCAAUGUAUACCUUGAUAUGUUUAUUCCAGCUGUUCCUUGUAAUACUCCUUAUACUUGCAUAAGGGAAUUCGUAAUUCGGAAGGUUAUAUGAACAUCUAAUAUUUAACUAUGAUCUUAUGUGCUUUUUGCAAGCGUGCAGCACACCUUUCUUACAAAGGAUUUUCUGGUUAAAACCGAUAAUCGGUCGAUCCCUAUUGGGCACCACCCUUUCAGUUGAUCCACUGAUCUGUAAUAUGUGUAAGGUUACAUAAAUGUGUGUGUCAACUCGUAGGGCUAGGUCAUAUUCAUAGUCUUGUAAGCUUAAAGAAUUCUGACUCUUGUAACUUCUUAUACAGGGUUAUCCACUGAAGUGAGAAUCGUUAGGUAGUCAAAUUUAAUUUAAAAUGUAAUGCAAAAAUAGCCAAAUUGGAAGAAUAGCUGAGCAUGUUUCCAGUUUGGCCAUGUUAGUCUUACAUUUAAGAUUUAAUUUGAAUUCUUCACAAUUCACUACUUUCAUGAAUAAUCCUUACUGGUAAUAUUACACUCAACUACUAUUGGAUACUCAAAGCAGCUAAGAUAAUUCACUCUUCAAAGCAGAGGAAUGUUAUUAUUGAAAGCUGAAACCUUACUGUUUGCAGUUUCCAAUGUUCAAAAUAUUAAGAUAUAGAAGUUGAGAGGAUCUGUUCAAAUCAAGCCAAGACCUUGAAAUUAUUAUUUUUUUAAAUCUCCAAUAAAACUGAUUGUAGGCUCGCCGAGAGAUCACAAUUCCACAUAUCUCAAGGACUUGCACGAAGAUUUAGUUUGCCUUGGAGCCAUUAUAAAGCAAUGAGAACUUUGCCUGUGACAAUGCCUCCAGUGUCCCUUUAAGUUACAAAUAAACCUGUGUUGCUAUAGCGCCAUCAUCCCAUGAUGCUGCUGGCUCAUACAUGACUACAAGAAGAGUUUGGGGGCUGCGAUUGGUGCGAAAGGUAGUGUUCCUACUUACUGAAUAACAUGAUGACCAAGUGUUGGCACAUAUUAUAUUCUAAUCUGUUAAAUUACGAAAAUUAGUAAAAAGUUGUGUUUAUUUGUUUCACUUCACAAAACAUGUUAUGUCGGAGUGGCCAAAUGCUUGCAUACAAUGCAUCUAUCUAGCUAUCUAUCUCACCAGCUUUCUAUGUCUCUAUGGAUUUAGAAACGUCCACCGUUCUGUUGGCCGAGUUGCUUUCUUUGACUUCACCCCAGUAUUAUUAGUAUUAUUAUUGCCAUUUAUACAGCACCAACAGAUUCCGUAGCGCUUUACAAUAUUAUGAGAGGGGGAUUUAACUAUAACUAGGAUAAUUACAAGAAAACUUACAGGAACGAAAGGUUGAUGAGCUUACAGUCUACAGUAAACUCUAUUGAAAUGUUUACAUGGGUGAGGUGUACAGUGUUGAUAAGUGAACCGCAGUUAACUGCAGCAAUGGGUGACUGACACCAGGCAUAUUUUUCCAUGACUCUGUGUGCGUUCAUGAGCGUUUAAAUGUCACAUACACAGGAUUGAUAAAUCAGACUGAGCAUUUAGUGCUUCAGUAGACUCUGGACACAUGCUUAUUAAGAGCAAAAAAAGGCAGUUAUGUUGACCAAUAGCUGCCUCUUUUCUUUUAAUGUAUUAAUCAAACAGCAGGUUGUUAGUAAAUGUAACAACUAUAAAUAUAUUUACAAACUGCAACUAAUUUUGGAAAGUUAGCUGAUUGCACAUUAACAAAAAGUGUUUUAGCGACCUGUUAUGGGGAAGUGGUCAGUAUUGUGCAUGUUUUCAUUUACUAUUGCAGAAGCACAUUGAUAUUUACUCCAUUCAUUUUGUCAGUCAAAGAACAAAUAAAGGUAUUGUAGUCAGAAUGUUCAUUAAUGACAGCCUCCACUAUUUAUUUGUAUCUUCAGUUGUCAUCCACUACGUACUUUACCCCAUUUAGAGUACUCCGACAUAUAAAUCAGAUCGUAUCUGCAUUGUCCUGAUCACACUAAUGGACACUGUGUAGAAUAUACUAUCUGAGGAUUUCCUGUGUUCAAAAAAAGGGAACUUAAAGGAACUCUAUAGGGUCAGGAACACAAACAUGUAUUCCUGACCCUAGAGUGUUAAAACAACCAUUUAGGUGGCUUGCCCCCUUAAAGGUAAUAAAACGUUCCUUAUUUCCAGCGCAGCGUGAGUCCGCUGGUGCUGGCCCUGCCCCUGCCCCGCAUCCUCGCUGACAUCAGAAUUAUUUCAGCCAAUCCAAUGCUUUCCCAUGGGACGACAAGGGAUGGGGGCAGGGCCAAAUGCUGGCUUGGCCAAUCAGCCCCUCCUCAUAGAGAUGUAUUGAAUCAAUCAAAAUUCAACGGCUUCAUGAAUGGCAGUGGAACCCCAACCCAGGAAGCAUCUCCAGUGGCCAUCUGAUCUUGACAAAGGGUGGAGCUUAAGGCAAGCUAUCUUGACAAAGAAAGUGAAUUGAUUACUCCACCCUUAUGUAACUGAUUAUUCGUUGUUGUUGGUUUUUUGUUUUUGUUUUUUCAACAAGGCAUGGUAUUAGCUUGACAAAGACUAGGUAACUGGUCAAAACACCAGCCUCACAGUGGCUCCUUCUACCUGUAUGAGGAGCAUAAUAGGACGCAGAAUGACUGUCAUUAAUGUGUGUGUAGAAUAUUGCAUAUUCUAUGUUUCUAUUUAUUAUAUAUGGACAUGUGGAUUGACAUAAGUAACAGAUGGUCUAAGCCACAUGGCUUUCUUUGUAUGAGAGCUCUGGAAUGUAAGUUGGGGGUUUUGUCCUUAUAUGGCUAGAGUUAUAGUCUGACGUCAUUAUGGUCAUAUCUAUGUAGUAACUGAACAUGAGGUCUCUUGCUCUCUUUCCUGUACAACAAUGUAACUCUCCCUUCAGGAGUCCAGCAAUUACCACCUGCUGUUGAAAUCCAUUAUCCUGUAACAUCCUUUGUUGUGUUUUUUUUUUUUUUUAUGUAUCAGUAACUAAAAAUAAACCUGAAGAAACCGUAAGUCAGAUUGCAUAUUAGUACUUUUAAUUAAUAUAGACAUAUAUUAAUGUCGCAAGCAUUUGGCCCAAGAAUAUAUAUACAAAAGACAUAUAUAUAUAUUAAUCAACUGAAGACAAGAAGAAAUUAAGAAGAUUUAACAUUGACGAUCCAGCCAGAUUUUACAGUGUCUGUUUAUUUAUUAAAUUCUUUAUUUUAUUUGUGCAUAGCGUGAACAAUCAUGUUUGCACUGCCACGAUAGCUGGUGCAAGCAAGUACGGAGACAUACAAUAACAUAGGUAUGGCAUUGAAAUACAUGGCACAGUUUUUUUUUUAUAUAUAUAUUCAAGAUAGGAAACAUGUUUGAAGUUAAGAUUGACAGAUGCCACAACAGAUUAAGGUUAGACAGUGGCAUAUGAGAGUGCACAUUUUAUAGCAUUAUAACAAGCUUGGUUAGAUAGUGAAACCGAUGGAUGAACAUAAAACAAAAUAAGGUAAAAUAGUUAACGCUUAACAAAGCUUGAGUAGCAAUGCCUACAUAGAUGUAGUGCGGCAUUGCAAUUCACAGUGUGUCUGUAGUUGGCUUGCGUAUGCAGGUGUGCUGCUCUAGUGUAGGCUGUUAUGCUGUAACAAGCUAUCAAGUAAAGGUUAAGUCAGCUUGUAAGUUAGUGUUAUAGUAAUGUGCCCAUUGUAAAGGUUGCGCUUUGUGGAAUGUUUCAUAAGUAUUUGGCCGCUGAUAGUUACGGAUCUAGUUCACUGACUUAACAUGAGUAGAUCAAAUAAGGUAGCUAAAACCAGGUGGAGCUGCUUGAAUAUUAAUUAUAUGCUGAGGUACAUGCUAGAUAAGAUUCACUUGCAAUCGUUUGCAACUUCUCGUCCCGGGAGAAGUUUGGCCCGGGUUGGAGUGUCGGUAAGAAUGUUUAUUUGGCUUGUUGGUCCGGAGCUCCUUGGCCAUGCGACUGUUCGCUUCAGACGCUAGGCUCCGCCCCAGUGUCUGUUUAUUUUUUACUUCAUUUUGAUACCUUGAUAUGAACUUAUCAAAUUUAUCCUGACUGGUUUAUCCGACAAGGAAAAUUUGCCUUAGUUAUUAAGUUCACAUACUCUCAGGAUUUGAAGGAUGUUAUGAUAGAUUUGGAAAGGAAAGUUGAUAGAUUUGUAUUGUAUCACAUGUUACCAUUUUUGUGUAAAAAUAAGUAAAAUACAAUUAUUUGUAUAUAUUUAAGUAGAGUGAUUAAUAAAACAUCUGCAUUGUAUGACACCUUAUCGAUUUUAUUAAUGUAUUGUUUUGGUGAGUAUAAUCAUGAGGUUACUGUAAUAUUGUUUUAUAAUUGUAUUGUUAUGACCUUGUAUAUGGUGACAUUUUUUCCCCUGAAUUCUUACGUCAAUAAAUAUUUGUUAAAACCUAGGGAACAUUAUUAUGGGUACAGUGCAUUGAACUAAUUGUGGAAGCAUUUUAAGUAGCAGGAUUGACUGAGAAAUUUUUACAAAUCUUACGAUCUCAUUUUGAGAUUGCAAACUUUGCGAGGUGCAAGGCACAUUCCACUUGAAAAUGCCACUUCUGUAAAAUAAAAAAUAACCUCAGUGCCCUUGCAGUAAGUGCAGUAAUUUAUGAAUAAAUGUCCGCACAGAGGUAGCGAACGAGUGACACAGCAAACCAGUAAUUGCUGCAGACGUUUUAAGAGCCCCAGGGCUUUUUAUUAUCCCAGUGCUGGAUUUUGUUGAGCAAAAUAGUUUUUAACUUGCAGCAAUUAUGUGGAUUAAAUCAUUGGGGAUACAGUCUUGUAUUCAUUGCUGUUUUUGUUGUGGGUUAGCAGCAGGUACGUUUUGAUUGAACCGCCCGGAACAUUAAAGGUAUGUUCUGUGCGAAGUAUUGAUUUCGUAAGUACCCGGUAUUUUAACUAAGAUACAUAAAGCAGCAUCAUAUUACCUGUGAGUUAUGUGAUUAUUGCAGCAGCUUAGUUAAAAGUACAUUGUCAUUUCAAAAAGUGCUUUCAAUCCAGAUUUUCUGAAAGGCAUAUGCCAUGCAUUCUUCUUUGCCCAUUUUCUUAAUAAUUAAAGUGAUUUGGUGGCAAACAUCGCAGUGUAUGGUUUUCAGCACCAUCAAAUGUUGCUUAUGUUUCCUUACCAAAAUGACAAACAUUUAUUAGUUCUGUCUGCCAUCACGAAGCGCCUUUAUGCAUGAAUUAUAUAUGAAUAUAUUUUGCUCAAAAGGUUGACCUAUCCUCCUAUCUCUGAUAAGUUUCAUGUUUUUUUUUUCUUAACGUAAAGCAGUUGUCAUUUUUUUUUUCUUUCUAAUUAAGUCUCAGAAAUGCUGAAUCAAUAUGUGGGCUUCCAAAACUUAAAGGAAAGCUGAUGUGUGAAAUGUUUUUGGUUUAGUGACACUGCUGACAUCACCAUAGAAGUUGCAUAAAGCAGUAUUUCUUUCUUUUAAUUUUUUUAUUUUAAUUUAAAUCGCUACCUUUCCGGUUUAAAGCAUUAAAGUGUAUAUUUGUGUCUCCUCAUUGGAGGUUCUCUGAUGUACGUACCCCAAAGUUAGUGUUUUACACAGACGAUCAUUGAGUAAGUUUAACGUAUGGGGUCAGUCUCCUGGGGGCCCUGACCUAUGUCAGAAGUCAUGAGCAGUAUGACACUAAAUCAGGGGCCUAAAUCAAAAAGGGCUGUGCACAUGUAUAGUCUCCGAGGCAGAUUUAUCAGCUAAGUUCCAUCACUGUUUUGCUAGCAGCUAUCCAAUGUUUGCCCUAAACCUUUUAACCAUACCCAAACCUUUUUGAUUUACUUUGUGGGAAGAGUUUGGUGAUUCCUGGGUUGGCAGCGCAGUUUUGAAAUAUUAUGUGGGCCUAUUUUUUUUCUAUUAAACCAGGAAAUACAACACAAAGACACUUUAGGCAAACACUACAAAAAACUGUGGUUGUAUUUUGCAGUCACAGGGACAUUCUAAGCAACAAUACAUGUUGCAGUUUUUUGUUCGGCUGGGUGGUCAAUAGCAGUUGGUAGAAUUUGGCCAGAAGCAUGCAGAGUUGUUGUCAUGACUGCUCUUAAAAUGCAGUCAUUAUCCUAAAGUAGACAAAUUGUUUAACCUUAUUUUAUCUGCCUUAUAUAUGAUAUUGAACGAAUAGGGCGUGUAAAAUGUGUUGAGUGUGUUUCAGUACAAAGCUGGUGGUUUAUUCUCCCCCUUCAAAUGAUCUGCUUGAUAACAGCAGACUAGUAAUACUGAUUAGUCUAAGGAAACAUUCCGCUAAACCAUCUUGCUAUUAUAAUAUAGCUUCAGGAGGAAACAGAUAACAUGCAUGCAAAGAUGAAGGGUGUGUGUAUGUAUGUAUAUAUAUUCUCCAAGAGGGCUGCACUCACUUGAACAUGCAAACGUUAUAAAGUGCUGCUGGGUCCAAUUAUAGGACUUGCCAAAUAUGGGGUAAUUGGCAUUGGGCCAGGCUUAUGCAAUGUAUGAUUAUAUACUGUAAUUAAACCCCCAUUAUUUUUGCCUAGAUUAGCCAGCUUAGGUGUUUUUUUUUUGUUUGUUUGUUUAUUUUAUUUUUUUUUAAAUCUAUGGCAUUCUAAUUCUUCUUACACACAUACAUAAACACACCUAAAAAAGAGCGGACUCACAGGUCUCGCUUACACAAUAUAUAACCAAUCAACUUUUUAGUCCUGUAACUGACUUUUCUCAAGCUGAGGAAUAUUGCUUAGAGUUAAAGUGGAAAACAAACAAGAGGCUGCAUCCAAACUAGGCCAGUAAGGGAGAAAUAGAAAGUUUUGAGUAAACCACUGAAACUUGUAUUAACAAGAGAAAGGUAUAAAAGUGUACAGAGUAGCAGAUAUAACUGUAUGUUGUAUCAAAUAACUAAUUGUAGCAAAUGAAAGGGCCACUGUAGUUACCAAAAUAACUGAAGCUGUUUUGUUGUAUAGAUCAUGUCCUUGCAGUAUCACUGCUUAACCCCUUAGGGACACAUGACAUGUGUGACAUGUUAUGAUUCCCUUUUAUUCCAGAUGUUUGGUCCUUAAGGGGUUAAAGGACCACUAUAGGCACCCAGAGCACUUCAGCUUAAUGAAGUCGUCUGGGUGCCAGGUCCAUCUAGGAUUAACCCUUUCUGCUGUAAACAUAGCAGUUUCAGAGAGACUGCUAUGUUUACAAAUGAGUUAAUCCAGCCUCUAGUUGCCAGCCGCUAGAGGCGCUUCCGUGAUCACAGUAAGACGCCAGCGUCCAUAGGAAAGCAUUGAGAAUGCUUUCCUAUGAGACUGGCUGAAUGCGCGCGCGGCUCUUGCCGCGCAUGCGCAUUCAGCUGAUGACGAGAAAGGAGGAGGAGGAGAGUCCAAAAGGUAAGGUAAUUAACCCCUUCCUCACCCUAGAGCCCAGUGGGAGGAGGGGCCCUGAAGGUGAGGGGGACCCAAGGACCCUAUAGAGCCAGGAAAACUAAUGUUUUCCUGGCACUAUAGCGGUCAUUUAACUUUCUGCCAUUUAGGUCUUAAAUGACAUUGUUUAUGCAGCCCUAGUCACACCACCCUGAAUGUGACUUGCACAGCCUUCCUCAAGCACUGUCUGAUAUGUGAUGGCAGCAUGUAUCCAAUUGGAACGGGCACAUGAAUUGUAAGGGUAAUUAGGCUCAGGCAUGUCUGCUGUGCCAGUCAUAAUAUUACAAUUAAAUUAAAACUAUAGUGUUAGGAAUACAAAACUAAAUUCCCAACACUAUAGUGCACUCUGCACUCCCCCAAGGCAAAUAAGGGUUAAAAACUCUUUUUACACUUACCCGAUACCAGCGCAGAUGUCCCUUGGCACUAGGUCAGGCACCUCCACCGACAUCAGCCGAUGGGUUGACCAAAUACAUGGCAAGCGCCGCACACAUAGGAAAGCAUUGCAAGUGGUCUGGGUGCCUAUAGUGCCAAUUUAAACAAUUGUAGUAUGAGAUUUCAACAUAAAAGUUAAGUUGUCUAAAUAUUUCCGUGUGUCAGUCAAUCAAGAGCAUUGAAAUCUGGGUGCUUACUUUUAUCCCAUAAACUACAUCAGCAUGGGUUUAUGGAGUAUAUAGUUCAGCCCUCAGCAGCAGUUUUAUUCAUUAGAUUUGAUAGGUGCAGCUGCUGUGUGUUUAAAUAGCUGCUCGUAGAACCUAUAGACACCCUCAUUCUAGUUUUGUGAAUGGGUGGUGCACUGCUUUUACUUGUGCAACAGACCUGGGAUGUUCACAGUGGCGGAUUGCACUCUCCAAGAGUCUGAAUGGAAGUGUGGUUCGUAACUGCAGUAGCCUACCCAAUAGGUACAUGGUACACAUAGUUUGAUAGCCAAAGAAAAAGGGGGCAAUCUUAUAUCUGCAUCAGUUUUUCCAAACAGGGGGACUUAAACAUGGCUGUGCAAAAGGGGCACUAAGCAGGGUUAUUAGUAAAAGUGAAAAUUGUUUGUUUUGAACUUAAAAAUAUUUUCACGUUUUGGGACAAAAUAGACCAACUGAAAUCGGAGCUUACUUAGAGAGACUUUUCCCAAAUCGAGUAUUUUGAUCUGAUAUUUAAAAUGCUUUAGUGAAUAACCCUUUAAAGAGUUUAACAUUGGAGUAUGUAUAUCCUUUAAAGAGGCAAAGGUAUAGAAAAGGAUAUUUUUGUAAGUCUAAUGUAGGUUGUUUGUCAUGUGGACCAUGCUCGAGAAACAAAUUUUAUUUUUUAUUACAAUUGCUAAUUUUAUUGCUAUAUGUUGCCCUAAAGAGUUACCUUUUCCCUCAUGAGUGGACCAUAUGUUUCUUGGAUACUGUGUGAUGUGUUAAUAGAGACCAAUAAAGUAAAGCUUUUUCAUCAGUACCAACUGGUGUUUAUCAGAGCGUCCUAUCUACCACAGCAGGCGUUGCUGAUUCAAUUUAGGUUGUGCAAUGACUAUGUGGAGAUGAGAAAGAAAACCUGGCAACAAGAAUCUUCAGAUAAUUCAUCACAAAAUUGCUAGUUUAUAUUUUUCAAAGCAUUGUUAUAUAAUAAGACAAAGAUAAACUGCAUUUAACCCUUAAAGCAGUUCAGCAAGCAGAAGUGUCUUUAGGGAAUUGGAGUGUUCCCUUUAAGCAGUGUGUGGUAGGUGAGCAAUAUUUUCUUAGAUUGAAGUGUUUGAGGUGAGGUGGGCAGAGAAGGAGAAUGUAAACAAAUUUACCCUGUUGAAAUGUUCUGUUAACUGGUGCCAUUAUUAUUUUUAGCCAGCCAUUUUCCAAUUAUUCCCUUCUUAAGCAUAUGUGUUCAAAGAGACUUAGUGGGCACUUUACAUUUGCAUCAAAUAUAUCGGUACCCCUGGCAUGACUAGCCCUUCCCCAAGAUCAUGAUGUUUAUAAAUUUAAAACUGAUUAGAGUUCACAAGUUCCUUGUACUGUGCAUUUACAGAUGUGAUCAGUAGCUAGAUUUAUGGGAAUGCUCAAAGUACCAUAACUGCCAAAAAAAAAAAGUUGUCAACGAUUUGACAACUUACAGCUAGCUGACAAUCACCUCCCCAAAGAGAGCCAUAAACUCUGUUCUUAGCAGGCCCGGAGAUGCAGGGCUUAGUUGAUUAGCCAAAAGUGAUUAAUUGAUGCUGUCAGCCAAUGAGCUGACCCUGCAUGGGCAGUGUUCCUUUAAAUAGAGGUGGUCAUCUUGCAGAACCUUUUAGUUUUGCAUGUCAGGUGAGCUGACAAUCAAUUUGUGAUUUGAAGGUGAUCUCCUAGCUUUCCAUUUUACUGGAAACGUGAAAUGGUUGUUAGAACUCUCUGAUGUUGUUCUGUGCUAAAUAUUCCUGAGAUGCGCUGGACAUAAGUAUUUUUUGUUUUCUUAUAAUGGUAAAAGAAUAGAUUUAAAAAUAUAUAGACAGUUUAUACAAUCUUAUGAUAGUGUAUAGAAUAUUUCUGAUGGUAGGGCCACUUUAACUCCUUUGAAUCUUGAGGCUGUAUCAAUGAGAUCUUACUUCUUCUAAAUAGACCUCUCUGUUUGUUUAUAGUUAAGGAAGUCUUUGGAAAUGUUAGGUGUGAAUGGGUGUUGUCAAAUACAGUUGAUACUGAGCUAGUAACAUAAGUCUGCCUAGAGUCUACUUAAAAUAGCAUAACAAACCUGAGUCCUUUUGUAGGAUUAUUUCCAUUUUAUCCGGACAUGGCACUGAAAUAAAAAUGUCAUAUUAUUGUCCAGGAAUGACUGUGAAUUCAGUAUGUUUUCCCCAAAGAAUAAAUAGAGUAAGAUUAGGCUUGUUUACAUAACCUGAAUAAAAUCUUUAUAUAUUAUACAUUCGUGAGAAAAAGGUUCACAUAUGUUCACCUGUUAAAAGAUAAGUUUGGUCACCAUAAUCAAUCCAAAUGAAGUUGUUAUAGUACAAGGAGGUCCCUGGCACUGACUUACCUUUCGGGGUUAAACUGUUCACGAACACUUUAACCCAAAGUUGUUCCCUGUGCCUGGACUCUCUGCCCCACUUUCCUUCUGCUUCCAUGCUAUCAUGCAGUUCUUAACUUUCAAGUCAAAUGAUGGCAUGAAACUAGCAGGGCUAGAUCCCCUGCUGGUACUUGGAGAUGCACUUAUCACUCAAUACGGCAUGUUUCUAUUGGACAUACUCAAAGUGCUCUGUGCACAGCCUCUAAGUCAGAGGCGAAGUGUUUCCUGAGAGAAUGAUUUCAGUUCUGCUUCUGCCCUGGGCUGUGUAUGUGAAUCCCUCUGCUGAUAACAGAGAGAAUCCUUCUGAUUUCAGAUAGGUUUUUUUUUUGUUUGUUUGUUUUUUUUUGUUUUUGUUUUUUUUUAACUUCUAUUUUUAGUCUUUGAUACCUGGUUGUCAUAGUGUAGGAAGAGCAGACCUUGCAAUCUAUUUUAGCCCCCAAGGUACUUACAAAAGUAUGUGAUAUAACUGAAUGAAUGGCCAAGCACACACAUGGUCAUACUCUCUUCAGAUGCUAGAGAGUACAUAAACAUACUGAGCAUGUGAAGCUAUGAUGUUCCCUGGAGUCAGAAGUAAUGCCGAAGCCUUUACUUACCUCCGCCACAAUUGUCAUUGCAUUAAGCCCUUCAAAAGCAUUUACUGGUGUGAGGUAAUAAGGAACUAUGGCUUGCGGAAGUGACCGUUCCACUUUCAGUGGUGAGCAGGUCAUUUUACCUGCUUUAGCUGUGUGAGUGAGAUUUCUUAGUGUGUGUAUAUUUAACCCUUUCCCAACAUUAGGGCGUGCUGUGCCAUCCUACAAAAUGAGGGAUUUGAAGCAGUUAGGGCGGCAUAGCAUGUCUUAACCAUCGGGCCCCCUCUCUUGUACUUGUGAGACUUCAUUGAACACAAAAGUGUAUUUUAUUGCAGUAAAAGCAAACAUUCACAGUAAAAAAUCUCAUGCAGAACUUGGAAAAUAAUUUUUUUUUAAUUUCCCACAUUGUUCUAGAUUUUAUUUAUAUUUAAUUUACUUUCCAAACUACAUCUUGGUAAUUGAAGUAGCGAACAGUUUAAAGGACACUAUAGUCAUCCAGACUUCUUCACCUCAAUGAAGUUGUCUGGGUGCUGUCGCCCAGUCUUUUCAAAACAUUGCAGUUUUUUUUAUCUUUAAAGGACCACUAUAGUGCCAGGAAAACAUACUUGUUUUCCUGGCUCUGUAGGGUCUCUAGGUCCCCCCCAUCCUCAGGGCCCGCCUCCCCCCGGGCUCUAUGGGGGACUCUCCACCUCCUCUCCUCCUCCUUCUCGUGCGGGGGACUCUCCACCUCCUCUCCUCCUCCUUCUCGUCGUCAUCGGCUGAAUGCGCAUGAGCCACGCGCGCAUUCAGCCAGUCCAUAGGAAGGCAUUCUCAAUGCUUUCCUAUGGACGCUGGCAUCUUCUCACUGUGAAAAUCACAGUGAGAAGCGCGGAAGCGCUUCUAGCGGCUGUCAAUAAGACAGCCACUAGAUGCUGGAUUAACCCUAUUAUAAACAUAGCAGUUUCUCUGAAACUGCUAUGUUUAUAGAAGAAAGGGUUAAUCCUAGCUGGACCAGGUACCCAGACCACUUCAUUAAAGGACCACUAUAGUGCCAGGAAAACAUACUCUCAGGGUCCCACUCCCGCCGGGCUGGAUGGCGAGGAAAGGGUUAAAUCUUACCUUUUUUUCCAGCGCCGGGGAGAGGAGCACUCCGCCUCCUCUCCUCCUCUUCGGCUGAAUGGGCAUGCGCGGCAGGAGCUGCGCGCGCAUUCAGCCUGUCUCAUAGGAAAGCAUUCAUAAUGCUUUCCUAUGGACGCUGGCGUCUUCUCACUGUGAUUUUCACAGUGAGAAGCACGCAAACGCCUCUAGUGGCUGUCAAUGAGACAGCCACUAGAGGCUUUAGAGUCUGGAUUAACCCUAUUAUAAACAUAGCAGUUUCUCUGAAACUGCUAUUUUUUUUAUUUUUUUUUAAAGGGUUAAUCCUAGAGGGAACUGGCACCCAGACCACUUCAUUAAGCUGAAGUUGUCUGGGUGCCUAGAGUGGUCCUUUAAUCCUGUAACUGCAUGCUGUUCACAUUCUUCAGCUUGAAGAGCUGGAUUUUGUUGGGCCAACAUACUGCAGGCCAUGUCCAAUAAAAACAUUACAAGUGUUCUGAAUUUAUUGCACUUUCUAAGUGCUGCUCUCACUGAUUUGUAUAGGAUACCACUGAUUGGCUGAAUUUGUUCUGGACUUAAAAAUAUGCAGUAACAUAUAUGGAAGGAAAAAACUAAAUAAGAAAAUACACAGUGGGAAUAAAGGAGAGACCAAAAAGCACAAAUAGGAGUAACGUAAUAUUAUAAAAACUCUGAAUCCUUUGAGAAAAGUAUCCAGGUUAUCCCAGAGACAAAGUAUAUGUUCUGCAACAUAGGUGUAUUCAUUAAAGUGGCUGGGUAUGUGCUUAAAGACCUAGACCACUUCUGCCCAUUGGAGUGGUCUGGGUGCCAACUACCACUACCCCUAACCCUGCAACUGUAAUUAUUGCAGUUUUCAUAAACUGCAAUAUUUACCUUGCAGGGUUAACUCCUCAUCUAGUGGCUGUCUAGUAGACAGCCCUAGAGGGCACUUCCUGCUUCAUAGCACAGCGUCGCGUCGCUCAAUUGCCCAUAGGAAAGCAUUGAAAAGCAUUUUCAAUGCUUUCCUAUGGAGAGCUCUAAUGCGUAUGCACGGCGCAUUAGGUCUCCUCAGCUGGCGGGCGGGAUCAGUCUCCCCUGCCAGCUGACGUGAUGAAGGGGAGGAGCGGCGGCGACCCUGAAACCACCGCCGAGGGACAUCGGCAGGGGUCUCGGGUAAGUCACUGAAGGGGUUUUCACCCCUUCAGCAACCGGGGAUGGGUGGUGGGAUGGAGAGGGGACCUGCAGUGCCAGGAAAACAGAUCGUUUUCAUGGCACUGGAGAGUCUCUUUAACUGCGAUCUUAUGGUAAUACUGUGUGAUCUUAUCAGUUAUUCCUUACCAUCUCUUAAUGUACAAUUAUUAUUAAUGCUGUUUGCCAGUGUGUGAAUAAAUAGCACAAGUAAAUAAAUUUAUGGUAGAGGCUUAAAAAUAAAACCAGAAGUAUAAACAUAAAGUUUAAAUUUAAAGUUUACGUUUAAUCUCUAGUGCUGUUUCAUGCAAUACUUGGGUGUUGGCUGUAAAUGUUUGUGAGAUUUCAAAAGUUGUAUACAUAAUGUUAGCAUUAUCUCCAAUAUCUUACAGCACAUCAAGGAUAAAUGCUCAUGUUUUAGAACAGGAAAAUACAUAAUAUCAUUAAUGCAGAUGAAUAUUUUCGGAUACGAAUUGCUGUAGUUCUAAGUCAUUCUUGGCAGUGUGCAUGUUAUUCUUUGCACCAAAACCGUUACAAUGAUGUAGAAUGCUGCUUAGAGUGACCCUGUUAAUGUCAACCAGACUUUUGGCCUGUUUGUAAGCGUGUUCAUGCAGGGCAGGACAUAACACACAAGACCGAGAAUCAUUCUGUGGAGCAUGCAUAAAGUAAAUCUGCCACACACAGUAGUUUCCGAACUCUGCCAAGAUGUCAAGUAAAAAAGCAAAUAUGAAAAUGUAGCAUCUCAGAUUCCUGUAUUUUUAUGCCAAUAAAUGGGAAAGAUUUGAAUAACACUGUAUUAUACACACUGUUGGGCGUGUCAAACUUGCAGUAGUUUUAGUUAACUUAUGUACAUUUUUAAAGGGACGCUAUAGUUAACUAGGCCCAGUUUUUUUUAGAAAUGGUUAUGUUUAUAUUGCAGGGUUAAGUCUGCCUCUAGUGGCUAGCAUACUGAGCAUAAGUAUAUAAGGGAAGCAUGAAUGCGCACGCGGCACUCGCCACACAUGCGCAUUCUAUCCCCAAUGCACCUGUAUGAGGAGCAUUGGAUUAGACCAUCGCGGAACAGACCAUGUUUCGGCGCUUUAAAAAGUGGACAAUAUCGAACUAGGGACAGGAGCACUUUAGUGUUGGAGAUACAGAUUUCUAUUCCUAAUGCUAUAUGUGUGUCCCACACAAAUGGAUAUUUAUGUUGAAAUAUGUACUGCCUAAUAUGUAAAUAUUUAGAAUUGGACGUGUAAAGAUUAUAUAUUAAAAGUAGAAUUCAUUUGUGCAUGUUCAUAUGUUUUUAAGAAGAGGAAAUGAAAAGGGGAUAUGAAGAAGGGAGGUAGGGAGGAGUGCAAAGAGGGAUUAUAGAACAGGAAAGGAGAAGGCUGAUGAGUAAGAAAUAUCAGUACAUAAUGACUACUUCUAAAUAUUAACUUCUUCACUACUAGUCAUAUUGAGGGGGUGGUUAGCUCAUGAAGUAGGGGCUCUGCAUUCAUUUUGUACAUGGAUCACUGUUCCAGGACAUCUAAAUUACAAAGCCAGGUUUGUAUAUAACAAUAAUAGAUAUAUAUUAUAAUUUUUUAUUACUUUUCUUUAAACUUACUCGUUUGCAGACAUACAUGAAGAUUUUACAAUAACCAAGAUGUGUUUUCAGUGUACACACUUACACACAUACCUAACCAGCAACAUUCCUGAAGACGGCACAACAGACUUUUUUCAUACGGAAAAAUAAACUUGCUUUACAAUGUAAUUAACCACUUACACACAAAUCUGCAAACACAAAAUUAGAAAGUCACAUAUAUCUGACUUUCAAAGGCUUUUCAGUUAGCUGCUUUGGGCAGUCUGUGAUUGGACAGCCACAGAAAGUCUGGGCAGGGUUAGAAGGGAGGGGCUUCAAACAGGAGAUCUGCAGCUUUUGCAAAUUAUUUUUAAAUAUAAUUUAAAUGCAUGCAUAUUUUCAUUGAGGCUCUAUCUACUAAACAGUGAUUUAGAAAUUAUUUGAGCAGUAGUGUGUCCCUUUAAGCUCUGCUUAUUGAUAUAUUAAAUAUAUCAACACUUUUUUUAAAAUUUACUUAAUAUUGAGAGAACCAAGUCUUAUCUGUCUGGAUAAUCAGUGAUCUAUUCAGACUUUUAAGUGAUGAUGCUCUCGGAUAUAUUUUCACAACUGGCUUUCCUUUUCUGUUUUUGAGCUUUCAUGUCAAUCUAAACCCACACUGUAAGAGUUUAUGCUUGUUAACCUUGCUGGUAGCUUUUUUUAUGUAUAUAUUUUGGUGUAUAAUUACAAUUACAAGCUAUUUCAUUUCUCUGAAGUUAGUAUGACAUUUACAAUCGGAGGGUGUUUCCAGUUCAUAACUGGUCUUUGAAAAAGUGUUUUUUUUUUGUUUUUGUUUUUUUUUAUGAAUCUUUUGCCCUUCUUUUUUUUAUUUUUUUAUUUUUUUUUUUUAAUAUGCUUAAGACGCUAUGGCUGUCUAGCUUUUGGCUUUUUCAUUUUGUUGCUGUUAACACUUCUACUUCCUAUCUGUAAUAUGCUAACUUUGAAAAACUUAACACUUUGUAAUCUCUGCAUUUUUGUUCAUAAACUACUACCGGAUACAUUCCCAUGUCAUAAAAAAACCCUCCUCUAGAGCACGGAUGCCCAAAAGGUAGAACCCCAGAUAUAAAAAAAAAAAAAUACCUACAGCUUCCAUGAUGCUUUGUCAUUGUAAAAGCAUUCUAAAAAUAUGCAAAGCAUCAUGGAAGCUGUAGUUUAAAUAAAUCUGGGGAUCUACCUUUUGGGCCCUCCUGCUCUAGAGCAAUGAAACUUUAUCUGGACUUCCCAAUGUAAUUUUAAUAUAUAAUUUAUACUUUUAUUUAUUAUUAUUUAUAUAUAUGUGUGUGUGUGUGUGUGUGUGUGUGUGUAUAUAUAUAUAUAUAUAUAUAUAUAUAUGUUUGAAAGCUCUGGCUGUUCUUUGAUCUUUAGAUAUUUGUUCUGAAAAAUAUUUUCAUUCUGAAAUUGUGUAAAUUACUUCUUUUUUUUUCUUUUCUCUAGUGAAAAUAUUAAAGGGACAUUUCAAGUACCAUAACCACUGCAGCCUGUUAUAGUGGUUACGAUCCAAGGAGUCCUUGGGUGCAGCCCCACUACUCAAAAACUGCUUGACAAUAAUCUGGGCUCUCUCCUGCUGGCAAGAUAAUGUGGAAGUUUUACUUCUGUGUUAUCCAUACAAAUCUGUUAAAAUCUGGAUGUCCAUGACCGGCGGCAGGGGGUGGGGGGCAUCUUAACUCCUCAUUGCAACUUUUCAUUGCUGUGUGGUUUUUGGAUGGAUUUGUGCAGAAUUGUAGAAGUGAAACAGAUUGUCUCAGCAAUGACAAAGCAGCCUGGUUGGGUGCCAGAAGAACCCUGUUUUUGUCAAACAGCUUAAAUGGUUUGACAGAAACUGGAGAGUCUGCAUCCAUAUACUGCUACCAUCGUAACUGAUACAGUAAACUAUAAUUGUUAUGGUUAAACACUUUCCACCUCUAAAGUACUUAAGCAUAUGGAGAUGUGUCCCCUCUUUGUAAAGUGUCUUUGUUGCACCAGUCUGUAGGGCGGGCUCUAUCGCUGCUUUGUAUCCCAGGGCAAAGUGGAUGUGCAUAGUGAUGAUUGCUGGGCAGGUGAAGUGGGGCUGCAGUGAAGUGACCCUCUUGCUGCUAGAUUACUCUAAAAUUAACUAUUUUUUUUAAGGGGAAAGAAGGAGGGCGAAAUCUAAAUUGGAAAUGCAAUACUCCAUCGUUCUACAUAAAUGUAUUUAUGUAUAACACUUGGGUCUUCCUUUAACAAAGAUAUCUUUAUUUUAUUUUUUUCACUUAAGACUAAACAAAAUCCAAAAAUCUCAGAACCUAUUUUUGUAAACCAUGCAUAUUAGAGCAGUCUAUUGCUAGGAAGAAUUAUAGCGAAAUAAUUAAUUUACAGGAACUAAAUGUGGUUGAGUUUCGAGAAUAUACAGUAUCCAGUUUUAUGGCAAGUGGACCACAAAUCAUUCAUCUCGGCAUCUCAUUUCUCAUUACUUUAGGUUUAGCCAAUGACUGACGGCAAUCUCUAAACAGACAAUAAGAAUCUGUUAAUAUACAUGCUGCAUUACAAAUCAGCAGUAUUGGUGUCUGCUCUAUUCCAGUUGGGUCAAAAGUAAAUUGAGUGUUUGCUACCAGAUGUGUGACUUUAUACAAUGUGUCAGCAAUUACUGUGGAAUAUGAAAAUCUGUUCCUCUAGUGUAGGAAUUGUUGUUGCUGCUGAACAUAUCUUGUAAUGCCCCGCUAAGACAUACUUCCCUAUAAUCUUCAUAAUACGAUUGUCAUAUUUUACCUAGUCAGACGCUUCUCCUAGAAGCACUGCCGGCAUACUGUGAAUGGGCGGAAAUUGCUGUGACACCUUAAUCCAGUUCUCCUGUGAUCAGAUUUGAAUCUGGUGCUUCUCAGAGAGAAGCAUUGGGCACACAGUGUCUGGCGUUGGCAUGCAUUGCAUGUUAAUUUUACUGUAUGUAAGAUAUAUUCAAUAAUUUCAUCUAUUUUAGUCUGAAGCGCCCUAUUGACAGCCACUUAUCAAAAAUUGUACUGUUCUCGUGUGCAAUCCUUUAGGAACAGCAUCUAUGCCCUAAUAUCAGUGAUGAAGUAAUUUUGGUGGCUAGAAUGUCCAUGCAAAGAUUAGUUUAUUGACUAAAUUAUUUGAUAGUUUUGGGAAUAUUUUGGGUGCAGUGUCCCAGUCCCCUUAACCCUGUAGUGGCAAUUAUUGCAGUUUUUGAUAAACUUCAAAAAUUACCUUGGAGUGUUAACUCCACCCCUAGUGGUGGUCUACCAUACAGCCACUAGAGGGACUUCCGGAUGGUCUUAAAUGACGCUGGCCAUUCUCACUUUGCACGAGGACAUCCAACAUCCAGCAUGACCCAAAACCCAUAGGAAAGUGUUAUACAAUGCUUUCCUAUUGGGGAAGUCUUAAUGCGAGUGCGUCAUCUGCCGGCGCGGAGAUGAAGCCUGAACCAGUGCCAAGGGACAUUUGGCACUGGAAUCAGUUAAGUUAUAAAGGGGUUUUUAAUCCCUUCAUUACCGGGGUCGGGGAGGUGAGGGCGCGGGGCACUAUAGAAUGCUGGCACUAUAGUUUCCCUUUACAGCGACACUUUAGUAACCACCACAAAUACAGCUUAAUGUAGAUGUUCUGGUGCGUAUAAUCAUUGCCUUCAGGCAUUUUCAUGCAAACACGGCCUUUUCGGUGAAAAGGCAGUGUUUACAUUGCCCAUAGGGACACCUCCAAGUGGCCACUGCUCAGAUGGCCACUGGAGAUGCUUCAUAGGGCAGUGGUGCACAGUAGGCAGCAUAUCUUCAAUACAUCUCUAUGAAGAAGUGCUGAUUGGCCAAAACUGCGUUUGGCCCUGCCCCCAUCCAAUCUCCUUACUGAUUUUAGCCAAUCCAAUGCUUUCCCUAUGCUGAAAGCAUUAGAUUGGCUAAAAAUGGGUAAUUCUGAUGUCAUCAAAAAGGUGGAUCAGGGGGUGAGACCAGCGCCGGCAGACCCCUGCGACACUGAGAAUAAGGUGAGUUUUAAUCCUUUGAGGGGGGGCAAGCCACCUAAAUGGUGGGUUUAACACUAUAGGGUCAGGAAUACAUGUUUGUGUUCCUAACCCUAUAGUGUUCCUUUAAGAUAUGCUGAUUCCUUUCAGCUUGGAUUUUUUGGUAAGUUUUUUGCAUUUUAUGAAUCAUUGGUUGUUAGAUAAAUCUGGUGAUAUGCUUGGGAAUACAAGGUGUGUUUGCUUAUUAAAUUAAGUGCUGCAUGAGAUGGAAGCAUGCAUUUAUUAAACAGAGUAAAGCAAGUAGUUACGAUGUUUGUAUUACAUUGAAACAUGUAAAUCUGAGUGCAUUUAAGAUUGAAGAGCAUUUGCCUUAAAAUGUAUAGUGAGUAGCAGCAGUUGAGCAUAGGUGAAAGAAUUUCACUCGUAUAAUUCUAAGACCCAAUUUUCAAAAACAUUUUUUUUUUUAAAUAUUCCCCCUUCAAGGGAUGAGGCGUGAUAACUUUUCUUCCAACUGCUAAUACAGGAGUCACCCAGUGCAUGGGAAUAUGAUAAAGAGGAUGCAUGUCAGAGGUGUCUCAGGCCAACCCCAUGUGGAACAUGGAACAUCCAUUUAUGGUUCUUCAUGCAAGUGGAAGUUUAAAAUUAUUAUUUUUAUAUAUACAUUAAUCUAUAUUAAAUACAAACUAAAAAGAAAAAUCUCCCAACUAUAUUCAAGGGCGUUAUACUCGGGUUAAAAAUAUCCAAAACAUUCUUUUUGAAACCAUCAUAGAGGGAGAAACAAAGGAAUAAUGGAAGCUUUAACUUAAUAAAGUAAAUAUACCCAAUCACAAUCUGUGAUUUAUAAAGGUAAGAUCUAGGAAUUACCACUGCUUUUGACAAUUGAGUACAGUUUUCUUUGUUUUAUUUUAAAUUCAAAAUAUUGGCAAUAUAUAGAUAUUUAAUUUGUUAAUGCUCUAAAUACUACUGAUGAACAGUAUAUUAUGCCUUGGAAGUUUCACUGCUCAAUUAUCUGCCAUUUAGGAGUUAAAUCACUUUUGUUUCUGUUUAUGAAGCCCUAGCCACACACCCCCUGGCUGUGACUGACACAUAGUGGAUGAAAACAAAAGGAUUUCAUUUUCAAUCAGAUGUAACAAACUUUAAACGUUGUAUCUUCUGCUCUGUAAAUUGAACUUAAUUCCACACAGGAGGCUCCUGCAGUGACUAGCCAGCUAUGAGGAGAUAAGAAAUGUAAAAUUAACAGAUUUUGCAAUAAAGCAAUAAAGGAAAUGUUUAGGAAGGCUGUGCAAGUCAUAUGCAGGGAGGUGUGCCUAGGGCUGCAUAAACAAACUGAUUUAACUCCCAAAUGGCAAAGAGUUGAACAAUGAGACUGCAGGGGCAUGCUCUACACACCAAGACUGCAGGGGCAUGCUCUACACUCCAAAUCUGCUUCAUUAAGCUAAAGUUGUUUUGGUGACUAGUGUCCCUUUAAGCUCAAAUCUUUAAACAGCAUGGAAAUCCGAAUUGUAUAAUCCCCACAAAGUGCAUCCAUUGUGCUUGGAGAGAAUGUCACUCAGAUGACUAUUCUAAAAAUAGCUUUUUAGAACAAUGCAUGUAGGCAUCAAAUCAGUCUUACUACUGCCUAGACGUACUUUGAAACACGCUUCCUUUUAUAAUCUUGCUAUUGCCUGUAAUUACACAUUUGUUUACUUCUAUUAAUUAGAUAUUUCCUUAACAGUGUGUAAUGAAAUCCAGCAUGGGGCUGGUCGCACUUCCGCAUGAGCAACCCCGAAAUAGUACGAUUGAGCUUUUUAGCUGGCAUUCAUUUCAGAUUUUGGUGUUGCAGUAAAUGUUCAAGAAUAUAACGGACACAUUACCCAAAAAAAUAAGUCAAUCAAAUAUUUUAAAGGCAUAUUGAAACAAUUAGAAUUGUUGAUAUUAUUUGUUUAAUUUUUUUUUUAUAAGGAAAACACUUUGACAAUGAAGUGAAAUCAUUUAGAAAUCUAGUAGGCCUAUUAAGUGUUCGACUCCUUACUGUGGGAAGGCACUCUGCACUUAUAACUAAUGUGGGUAGUCAUGGUUAUUAUGGUGGUUGGAUUGGUUUUUUAAAUGUUUAAUAUUUUCCUUAAAGUUGCUUUGUAUGGCAAAAUGAUUUUUACAGAGUUCAAAACAGCUUAAAAGAGCACCACAGUGUUAAGAAUAAAAAAGUCUGUCCCUCUGCCCCUCGUGGGGAUUUUCAAGAUGCUGGACGUCCUCAUGCAAAGCAUGGAGACGUCCAGCAUAGUCUCACAUAGGUAAUGACAUGAAAGGCAAAGAAGCACCCAGUAUACAGCCAUUAGAGGCAGUCUUAACCCUGCAAUGUAAACAAUUCUCUAAAACUCCAGUGUUUCACAUUGCAGGGUAAAGGAACCCAGACCACUUCAAUGAGGUGAAGUGAUCUGGGUGCCUACAGUGUCCCUUUUAAUAUUUUCAUCCAGCGAAUCUGAGUGUUAAGUUGUUUGACAGUGCAAUAUUUUUGUACAGGUUCCUGCAUUGGACUUUCUUUAACGUUGUUAAACCCUCAGAUAUUAAAAAUAACAAAGGCAUUGUAGCCGCUGGCAACAGUGCUGGGAAGUAGAAAUGUUUGAAUUUCUUGAUGAUGCAGAAUGUCUUGUAUGUCCAUAGGAAACCCAGAUCAGUUCUUUAGCAUUUUGUCAUUAAUACCUUUAAGUGUUUUUAAUUGAGGAGCCACUUAGUCAUCUGUAGUGCGACCAUCGGUUUCUGGUCAAUACAGAAUAGCACUUAUUUUUCUAUUUUGGGGAUUUAAAUGUAUAUAUUUUUUUAAAUUCUUUAUUAGCCGGCGCAUAAAAUAAUAUAACUAUGUAAGAAGGCAAAAAAAUAGCAUAGUGUACAUGAAGGGCUGUGUUGCCCCACAAAACUAAGGACCAAUUAAAAAUUCAUUGUAAUAUGUGCAGGUGGCAUAUCCUUAUAUCGUACAAAGUAUUUGUUUGCAAUCAGUACGCUGUACCAUAAGUAAACAAGAUUUUUUGUUUUAUUUUACCACUUGGGAAAUGUAUUCUGGUUUAAUGCUUGUACCAUCAAAUGCGACAAACGCAGCUUCCUGUAGCAGACUUGUAUUAAACCGUAUUCUUUGCUAAUUAGCUGAACAAAUACAAAGUUGUUUGUGGCAUUCACACCUUACAUUUAUCACCGAAGGCCUUUAAAUGUGAACACCCUGCUACAAACCACUGUACAUUAUUAUCUACUGUUAUUAUAUAACAAGAGGCUAUGCAGGUUCCAUCAAGCAUAUAUUUAAACAGUUCAACAGCUUGAAGUUUUUUGCUGACUUUUGUCUUGGUAUACUUCAAAAUAUUAGAUCCAGCAACAGGCUCCUGUGUUUAUCAAUCAGGUUCAACUUUUAUUGCUUUGAAAAAACAAAAUCACUUUGAAGAUUUGUAUACUCUGUAUUCUGUCGAUCUUGCAUAUUCAACAUCCCUUUUUAUAUCCUGACACAUUUUAAUAUACAAAAUAAUAAUGACUUGUAUUAAUUUGAAAAUUUAUGCAUUAUACAUACACCAUCAACUUCCAUUUAUUUAAAGGAACACUAUGGGGUCAGGAACAAUGAGGUGAAGUGAUCUGGGUGUAUUCCUGACUCUAUAGUGUUAAAACCACGAUCUAUCCACUCUUGCUUCCCUAAAUAUAAUAACAUCUUACCUAACAUCCAGUCUGCUGCUGCUGGCUCUUCUCUUGAUCUGCCUGCUUGGCUGAACUCAUCAGAAGUGAUUCUCUCAGCCAAUCACAAUGCUUCCCCAUAGGAUUGGCUGAUGCUGUCAAGGAGGCAGAUCAGGUGCAAAGCCAGCACAUGCAGAUGGUGGAGACACAGAACGGCGCUGCCCCAGGAAGCACCUCUAGUAGCCAUCUGAGCAGUGGCCAGUGAGGUAUAAUUAGGCUGUAAUGUAAACACUGCCUUUUCUCUGAAAAAAAGUGUUUACUGCAAAAAGCCUGAUGGGAAUGAUUCUACUCACCAGAACAAAUACAAUAAGCUGUAGCUGUUCUGGUCACUAUAGUGUCCCUUUAAGUGUUGUUUUUUUUUUUUUUUUUUUUUAACAAUUGAAUAAGCGAGUGCCAGUCUGCCCCCUUAUACGCUAAUUGCAAGGAGAGUGAUAGAAGGAAAACAUCCUUUCAGCUGUGACAGUUUCAUUACUUUAGUAAAUAUCUGCUGAUGUCUUGUUUACAGAAGGGAUAAUAAAGUUUAACAUCAACAUGGUAAUGAUGGGCCAUAAGUGAGGAUGGUUGAUGCCAGGCAAUCCCCAGAUAGCUCUGUAACUACAGUGAGUUAAAGUCCUGUAAUACUCAUUUAAACCUCCAAGUAGGAACUGGAGGGGCUUUGGAUGAUGGUCACGGUUAACUAGCUGGAGAGCUUUGAGGAAUGUAAUGUCUUUUGCAAUUAUAAAACGGUAGUCCCUCUGGUACUAUUGAUCAAUAAUUUUGUUGGCAAGGUGUGUUUUUUGGGUUUUUUUUUACGGUAUUUCCAUUUGUUUUUAAAUAUUCCUGGUUAUACAUUUUCAGGAAUUGCAAUUUACAACUAAAUUAUAUAAAGAAAUAUAUUUGUUUUUGUGCUGAUCUUCAAAGAGUGAAGAUUCUUAGAUGCAACUGUGAAAAUAGGGAUUUAAUGGAUUUUCGAGGGUGGGAUCAAGUGGCAGUGUUAAAUACCUCACUACUUCAAACCAAGGUCACAGCUACAGCCUAUUUGCUUUGUGAUAGAAACACAUGGAUUCUGCAGUCUUGUGAUAUUCCGUGCUAUUGUAUUCAGGCUAUUUAAAGGUUAGUCAGCAUCCUUGCCCACCAUCUUUGGCAAUCUUUGCAAGAUUUGCUUAGACAUUAGACUUUUUCCUUAUUUCACCUUAUUACUUGGCUGCUUUUCACCUUGUCCUGCUAGUAUUUCACACAUUGAAGGGAGGCUGGGUUUGAUUUCUCUUAAAUCAAUGCUACAUCAAAAUGUAAUUUAUUUGUGUUCCGCUGAAAAGAGAACAAUUUGUGGUUUCACAUUGUUCCUUUUUUUGGGGGGGACAUAGUUUCCUUACCUUCCAAUCCAAAGGACAGCUUUAGAGAGUGUGUUUAGAUGGCUAACUUUGUGGCCUCCUUAUAGCUGAUGUUAUUGGAACAUUAGUACAUUAUUGUGUAUGUGACAAGAAGCAGAUGGAUGUUAAUACCUGUCACGUGCGUGGGCUAUAGGCCCAGCCGAGACAGUGGGGAGAGUGUGGAAGUGACAGGGUUAAUGACACCAGACCCCUGGUUACCUGUUGCUAGUCCCAGCAACCACUCCAUUAACCCCUGCAAUCCCUUCUACACUAACCCCCUUAGUACACACUUUACUGCCACCACCAAGAAUUUUAAACCCGGCGUCUUAGGUUACCCCACACACAGGAGAAUUGAAGAUUAUAUUAGCUUUAGUGUACUAAUAAUCUUAAUUUUAGUAAUGACAGGAGGCGAAUAUUUGCAUAUCUUUCUUUACUGAAAACUCCAGCAGCAUAGAAACAUAACAACCAAUCAGAAAAAAGUUAUGAUGCCCAUAAAAGGCCCUGUCUAUGACAUCACUUCCUCUUUCUUUGAAGCGAAACAAUAAAUAACAACAAGAGACAUAAUCAUAUUACGUCAACAGUUCAACAACAUAUUAGAAUAUCCAACUCCAUUAGUUCCGCGAUGCAGCGGUAUGGAAGGUGAAUCUUUGUCUCGAUGAGAAGACGUUCACGCUGCAAGAAAAAGAAAAAGGUGAAAGGUAUCUGGCGUGAUAACUUGUCCGCAUACAAUAAGCAUUAAGCAUCUGAUAUACCAACGAACAUUAGAAUGUGAAACAUAUCAAUAUAUAUUUAUUCUAAUGCAAUGAUAUUAAGAAUCUAUAAACACAACAUAAUGCAAGGUUCAUGUCUAAUAUUCAGCCAAUACAAGACCCACAAGAUACAGGUCUAAGUAGCAAACAUACAAACCAUACGUACUUACCUUCCUGAACAUAAAGGACAUAUUCUGUUCAACACGAGAAACAUGGGAGGGAUCCUAUAGGGUGGGAAAUAUUCGCCUCCUGUCAUUACUAAAAUUAAGAUUAUUAGUACACUAAAGCUAAUAUAAUCUUCAAUUUUACCACAUGACAGGAGGCUUCAUAUUUGCAUUUUUAAAGCUUUGAAUUGACCAAUGUGAAGGAAGCAUGAGAUGUUUGCCGAAAAUAGAACGUUCUAAACGUACUCUCUCGCGCUCAGUCCGCGCAGCGUAUAAUGUCGGCUAGGGAAGCGUCGGCCGAAAAGGUUUGUGAGGCCGCCGCUCCCCUGACCGAGUGGGCUCCGAAACAAGGUUCGACGCUAAAGACAAAAACCAGCGGACCCAUCUGGCCAGUGUUGCGGUAGACACCGGUCCAUGAGGGUUCAUGUAAGAAGUCAGAUGGUGAUCCGUCGAAUGAGUUCGAAGGGGGUAGAGAUAUUGGUGUACCCCAUUAGCGUUCUGACCACGCAUAGUGUGGCGUCUGACACAAAGCAUGGGUAUGACACUGAAGAUGAAUCAGACUUAGUUCGUCUCGACAUGGUAAAGGUAACCCCGUCUGGUUUGAGAGAGAAACCAUCCAUAUCGCAAGCCCUAACGUCCGCCACCGUCUAAAUGAGGCGAGGCAUAAUAAGAGGGCUAGUUUGGCUGAAAGUUGCUUCAGUGACAAACAAGGAUUGUCCGGCCAUUCCCUAAGGAAUCUCAGCACCACAUCCACCUGCCAGAGGCGUGAAUAUUUGGGUGCAGGGAUCUCGACAAUUCGGCACCCCGCAGUAGUCGACAAACCAGUGUAUCUUGACCUACUGGUCUGCCCUGUACCGGAACGUGCGCCGCCGAUAUGGCGGAUCUGAUCACGUUGAGGGAUCGAUAUGACCGACCCAACGAGACCAGGUGUGACAGAUAGUUGAGGAUCAGUGGGACAGGUGCGGUAAAGGGAUCGGAAUCCCUUUCCACACACCAAUCACUCCAGGCCGACCAGGCAGAAAUAUAGCCUUUCCUGGUGCCGGGAGCCUAUGAGUCCCAUAGGAGGUCUUAGUUGAUGCAAUAGGUCGUGAACUGACCAGGAGCCCCUGAAACCGUCCAGGCAACUAGUGCCAGUUGUCCUUCCAUGACAAGGGAGUGGGCUUCCCCUCGAGGUCCCGUCAGAAGUAGAGGGAAGGUAGGGAGUAGUAGAGGGUCUUCGCGCGACAUCUCCAGGCGAUCCGGGAAAUCACGGUUGGCCCUGCCCGAGGGGUGUCAUGAGCAGGAGCGAUAUCUUGUGGGUGUGUGUAUCGAAGCACCCUUGCUAUUGUGGAGAACGGCUGGGUCACGUUGGCAGGGGUUCAUCCAUCGCCCCGUAUCCGAAGGAAGAGUCAAAGAUCGUUUUGCCAAUCCAAGUUUGUAUGUGAAGUAAUCAUCAUCGAAAUUCCAUCCUCACUUCCGCUGACAGUGGGAUCCAGUGGUCGUAUGAGUGACCGGUGCAUACGUAUCUCACCAUCAGUCGUAGUGGGCCAGGGAAUAACGCUUGUAUGGAGGAGGAGAGGAGGAGAGGAAUCCCACAAUCCGACAGCUAUCCUUAUAGAGGCGCUCUUUGCCAUAGACGGACGCGGAACGUAGUUCUCCAAGCCGAUGUUGAAACCGAGGAACUGGCCCGAUUCAGAUGAAGAAGCGAUAUUUGUCUGUGUACAACAAAAAACCCAUGGAGUCCCGAAAGUGAACAACUAAUUUGUCUGCAAACGUAGCCUGGAUUCGUAAAGAAUCAGCAAGUCUUCCAGGUAUGCGAGGCAUCGCACGCCCAAAUUUACGGAUGUGCGCCCUCACUGGUUACAGUAGGUUCGCGAGCACCACGGAGUCGUAAACUGCCGUGUUUGUCCUCACCAUUGGAAUCGGAGGAAAACUUCGGCAGUCCAGGGCAACGGGUACUGACAAGCGUGCGUCCUUGAGGUCCAGAUGUGUAAACCAGUCGUUAUCGCCUAGGAGGUCUUGUAGAAGACGAAUUUCCUCCAUCUUGCAGCAUUUGUAUACCAUGUAGGGGUUCCAUUGAUGUAGUCUCCUGGCUUCUUCUUGACCAGGAAAAAUUUGCUGGGGAAGCCUUCCCCUCCGGUGCAUGUUGAAUUGCGCCCCUCCUGAAGAGGGUGCAGAUUUUCUUGUCCACGAGGCGUUCCUGUUCCGCCAGCGUGCGUAAUGGAGGUGAAGGGGCGACCUGCACGGCUGUGAUAAAACUCUAUGACAUAGCCUUGUACUGUCUGGAGAACCCAGGUGACUUUGGUAGUCGUCUCUCAAUUCUGUAAAACAGAGACAGGUUGCCGGUCAUAAUAUUGGAAACAGUUAGUUAUGUAGGUUGGCACACUAGUAGAUGAAGCGGAUGGGUUCCUUUGUGUAGUAGAUGGGAGAAAUAUGAGGACUGUGUAUACGAUCUGGAACCUGUCGCCAAGAAGCGGCUGGUGGCUCGGUUCAGCUACCGACCAGUCCUCCCAGAAACACCUUUCCCCAUAGGGUUAUGGAAGACUUGUUUUAGCGAGGUCUGGGUUUAAUUUAGUGUGGUGAAUAAAUUCACGUGUUUCUUGAGUACUGCAAUGAACACUACGUCGAAUAGUAGGCCUUGUGCUUUUGGGCCGAAUUCUUGUCGUUCCUAAGUCCAAUAGUGUGUUGUCGAUGCGGCCCAGUACAGAUUUGCGUCUGUCGGCGCAUAGUGCGUCAUUUAUGUUGCCCAGGAGGCAUAUCGAGCAUUGCGACCAUUCUUUGGAGGUGGUAGGGUUGAGUUGUGUACCCUGGGGUAACUCGGUCUUGAGGCGUGCGCAUCCUUCCAUCCCCCGAGGGUUGCGCAGCCAAUAGUGUUCAUCCAGGAACGUUCCAUCUUCGGGGGGGAAAAAACAGAGGGAUACAGUGAAGGGACAGGAAUAAGGGGGGCCAAGGUAGCAGGUGUUAGCAAUAAAUAGAGUAAUAUAUAGUGGAAUGACAAUCAAAAAACAGUGUAAAUUAAGAAUCUACCAGAGAGGUAAAAUACUCUGACCUGAUGUAUGGCUGGAGCAGCAAAGAAAGAGGAAGUGAUGUCAUAGACAGGGCCUUUUAUGGGCAUCAUAACUUUUUUCUGAUUGGUUGUUAUGUUUCUAUGCUGCUGGAGUUUUCAGUAAAGAAAGAUAUGCAAAUAUGAAGCCUCCUGUCAUGUGGUAAAAUUAUAGUAUCACAGUUCUACUUUUACUGAUAAAACAUAUAUAGUUAACCCUUUUUGGUAACGUGUUUACCUGAGCUUUCCUCUGGAGAGUGAAGCUCAUAGAGAACAGAGACACAAGCUGAUUAAGUAAACAUUUAAUCUGACAAAAAGGAUUCACAGUGCUGAGUACAAAAUACAGAAAUAAAUGACAUACAGAUAACAAAUUGCAAAACAGUACAUAAAAUAAAAUAGGAGAAAACAAGAAAUUCCUUACAUGUUGUUACCCUAUAUAGAAUUCUUGUGGGAGUGUUAGAUGGUAUAGGUCUCCUAGAAGUUACUGACAAAAGAAAAAUGAAUAACUGGCUUCCCUGGAUAGUCCAACACCCUCAUAUAUCUAAACUAGUUGUUUCUCAGUGGGCAGACCCCUGGGGGGGAAAUCAGAGGGGGCUGGUCUGGCAGUCUAUUGCCCACUCGAUGAAAUUCCUUGUGUCCAGCUCUGGUGAUGGCUAUCUAGAUGUUUUAUGGUCUAGGCCUGGUGCAAGAUCAAAGACCACAAUAAAUGUCAUCCCAAGGUUUACAAAAAAACAACUCUUAACAUAUAUAAACACACAUCAAGCACCAACUCAUGCUUUUGGCAUGACAAUACCAUUGUUAUUGGAUUAUUACUGAGAGUGUUUUGGUUUCUGAGCAGUCAAGCCUGACUUUCAAUUUCUUUACCUUUUAUUUGCUUUAUUUCCCACUUGUAAAACAUCAAUACCACUCACUUCACCAUCAACCUCUGCCUUGGAUGGAAAAGUCUGUUCUAGCCCCUAUUUCAUAUGGGUUAUGAUACAAGUUUUGGGGGUGGGGUUUCUCAUGAAAAAUUACUCUUAAUUUUUGUUUGAAAUUCUGACAGCCAGAACAAAAGUACCAAUGUCAUUACUGUGCCAAAAUAGAAAAGUUACCUAAUUAUUGGUUAUGAAUCUUGUUGCAGACAAUACAUAUAAAAUUAGGCACAAAUGAGUUUUCAGUACAACAUAUCUACUAAGACACAGUUGUACCUAUGUUUAUUUUAUUACUUCACACCACUGCAGAGCACAGACAUAUGUUACCAUAGUGCUAUUAUUUAUAGAUAUCUGCCAAAUUCCUGUUCUGAGAUUUUGAUUCAAUUAUUCUUUGAGUUGCUCUGAAUAUUUGUAGACUGCAUAGGUAGAAAUGACUGUUUGAUGACAUGAGUGUCAUGUUUGGGGGGUGGGAUUAAUGCACGCUGCCCUGGUUUUCACAUGACAGAAAUGUAAUUUACUAUGUUUUAGUUGUUUGUUUUUUUUAAAAUGUAUUUUCCUCCCACUGUGCUUUGAAACUUAGCACUGCUAAUGUAGUUCUUAGUGUUUGUGGGCAUUGGCAUAAAUGCAGCUGUGUCUCUGAAGUUGAGGAGAGAUUACAAAAAAAAUCAAUGUGUUUAUAGAGAUUUAUUUAAUCUGAAAAUGUAAUAGUGUUGCUUAUACUCUCCUCUUUGCUUUCAGGUGUGGUUAUUUGAAUCCAGGCCGGCACCAUGCGUGAAUACAAGCUGGUAGUCCUUGGGUCUGGAGGUGUCGGGAAGUCUGCUUUGGUAAGUGUAUUUUAUACAGCAUGGACAUUCUGUUGGGUGGAAUGAUUAAAUAUAGCUAUUGGCGGCUGGUGAAGUUUUCAAAAUGGAGGGGUGUCAUACUCCUCCCCCAGACUUUUACUCUUCCCUGUACAGUACAGAGAUACUCAUACAAUAUAGAGAGCGGAGCAUAAUACAGAGAUGCUCAUACAUUAAAACAAGCUUGGCACAACAUAAAGAUAUCUAUAAAAUACAUAAAGCUGAGUACAAUACAGAUAUAACCAUACCGCAAACAGAGCUGAGAAAAAAUAGAAUAAACAGAGUUGGGCACAAUAUAAAGAAACCUAUACAAUACACAGAGCUGUGCAAACUACAGAGAUAACAUAACUAUCCCACACAGCCAGGAUCAUUGUGAUGGACUACACAGAGCUGCAAUACAGAGAUCUUCACACAUUACAUGUCUCGGAAACGCUUCAGCUCUCUUUCUCGAUCUUCCUAUCUCUUCUGGAGUGCUCCUACUAUAAUUUUAGCUUUCUGUUAAAUAUUGCUUCUGUUCUGAAACAUGCCAACUACUCCAUUAGCUCUUAGCACACAGCGAGCACAUGGUUAAAGCAUCAAGAUACCGAUAGACUCCAACCAUGUCAGCUACUCCUGAGUCACUAUUAGCUCUCAGCACACAGUGCACACAGAAUUAAAGCAGCAGGAUACUGAUAGACCUUUGCAGAAGGCAAUAUAAUUAAUCUGCAGUGGUAAUAUGGAGCCAAGAAUUAGCGGACAUGGUUAACAGAAUCAACAGUCAUUACAGAUUAAAAUCAGAAUCAGUCCUCAGAGUCACAGCACCAGUCCUGCAAUUUGAAGCUUCACAACCUUUCAACUAGCCACAGCAUGUGUUUUGGCUAUCGGCUGUAGAGUGACUGAGCAUUUUAAGAAGAUGGUGGGUAUGUGCAGUAGGUGUUUUUAAAACCAUUAGUAACCUGUAGCACAAAAUUCAAUUGGAAUUAUAUAUACCCCUAUAUACACGACACACUCACAAGCCAGGAACAGAUGACCUACUGUCCAAAUGGUCAGCAUUUAAUGAUGAUAUUCCAUCCAAAGAUGAUGCCUAAAAGUCUUUCUAAACACUGACUUUUCAGACUAAAGGCAGGGUUGACAUUGCUGUCUGGUAACUCCUCUAGUGACAGUCACUGUGACGGCCUCUAGAAGUGAUUCCUGGGCCAGUCCUGCACAGUGUGCAGCACCUACACUAAUGCUCCCCAUAGGGAUGCAUUGAUUUAAUGCAUCUCUAUGAGAAGUAGUUCAUUAGGCAGCAUGGCGUUAUGCUGUGCAUGUGCAAUAGUCUAUGCUUCUAUGGGGAAGCAUUGGAUUGGCUGAGAUAGUCAAUAUUGAUGAUCUCAAGCAUGGAGGUGGGGCUAGCCGCGAAGUUACCAGCACGGCGUUGGAAAAUGGUGUGAUUGAAAGAGGGAAGGUCACCAAAAACAAUAAAAUACAUCCUCGCGGACUGACGGGCAGAAGCACACUCAGAGACACACACCUUCACCGAUUUGUGUCUCUCUCACACACACACACACACACACUGCAACACUCACUCACAAAUCCUUACUUUUUUAUUUUAAAUCCAUCCCGCCUUCCUACCUUUGGGAGAACUGGAGUGGAUCAGCUUACCCUAGGGUCCAAUGGGGCUUCUGUCAUCUCCCUGCUUUGCUCCCUAGAGCACUGUUUAGUGAUGCGGGGCAGGCGUGCGAGGGAGCAGGGAGAUUACAGCACCCUCACCGCCACUGCGCUCAUUCAGCUGCCUGACUCCCCGAUACAGCCGCCCACCCCCCUUACUACAAUCUCAGGCAGCCGGUCUCCUCAGGGGCUAAACAACCUUACAAAUCCCGGGCGCCAGGACAAAUUUCCUGGUCGAUGGCGACAAGGCGUCUGGGAUUUGUUGAGCCCUGCUAUAAGUACUUGCCCAGAAUUACGUGGAGACUUCAUUAAUACUUCUAUGUAAUGCUUCCAUUUGGUGUGAGUUUAAUAAUACUGAGUGUUCACAUUUGCUCAGCCUUUGCCUGGUAUUAAGUUGUUGCUGCUUGUGAAUGUAGCGAAAUAUAAUUCCUUUUUUUUAUUACUGCACUUUGUCAGGUAAUUAAAACCUACCUUCCCCUGCACCCAUGGGUCACUGCAAAUAAGCAACGAUGUCACCAUUCGGGUUAUUUGUAAAAUAUGCAAAGACCCCAAAAGGAGACAAAUACAGUUUAACAAUAAUUGCAGCAGUGUGUCAUGUAGCAUACUGCAGUACAUUUGGUAUUUACUGCAGCAAAAGUGGUAUAUAAACCGCAUACCUGGCUUCGAGGUGAACUUCCCAAUGCGGCCUCCAUAUGGAAUUGGCUGACUACAAAUUGACAACUUCAAUGUACACCCAAAGCAGUCUCCUGUCUAUCCAGUCCUGAGAUAAUCCACUUUUCUUGUUAAAAAAUCCAGCAGUAUACAGUUCUCUUCUUUAAUUUAGCUUGUAUAUCCAUUCUAAACUCAAUCAACCAGUGACAUCACACCUAUGUUCUGGCAUUGUGUGUACUAUGUGGUGUUUGUGAAUGCACGCACUGGUUCCUAAGCAGAGUUUGGUGUAAAUCAGACCAUUACAGGAAGAACUGAAAAAGAAGAUUGCAACAGGGAUCUAAUUUCUAUAUCUAGGUAGUGAGUACAAUGGAAGUUUGGACCUGUAGGAAAUGAAAUAAUAAUCACUAAGGUCUGUGGCUUCCUGGAGAGGUGUAAGCAGCAGAGACAUUUAGUCUGGUCACUUUUAAAAUCCUUUUAAUAGAUUCUGCACACCUCUCAAGAUGCCAAUUUCAGAACAAUAGCUCUCAGAUACAUUGUUUAAUAUAUUUUUUGCCACUUUGUGUUUUUGUUUUUGACUAUUGGAGAAAAAUCAUGUUCCUUUUUUAUUUAUUUUUCCCCCCAGUGAUAUUCUUUGAUAUUUAUUAUUAGCCCAGCAGUAAACAAAUCCAAGGUGCUAGGUUAUUAUGGCGACCCAAAAAUAGAUCCUGAUGCCAAGAAUAUUGUGUCCCUACUUUUCCCACUAUGUCUCUAGUCAUCUCUUCCAUGCAGCUCAUGCCUUUUCCAGAGCGCACUGGGAGGAACAGAAAAACUAGUGGGGGUGAGGGGCAUAGCACAGAAAUGCUGGGACUCCCACUAUAAUUUCAUCAGAUUUUUUUUUAAACAACCGAAUUUAACUGUACUUGUGAUGUCAUUAUGUCAUUUUCUUUUUUUAGGCUGUUUCUCUGGUGCUUUUCCUGUUUGCACCAAAAGAUACUUUACCGUGGCUUUUUGGUCACUUUAUUUUACUAUUCUAAAUUUUUUUUUUUUUUAAAUCCCCCUGGCUCUCCCUCAUUAGUCUGACUAGGUGUCAAGCAGCCAGUAUGGUUUCCGACUAUCAGUGUGUGGAUCUACUCAAUAUGUAUCCCAUUGAUCCUCUGCCUGUUACCACAACCGUAGAGGGGUCCUUAAAUCAGAAGGCUCAAAGACAUUUCCUGAUGUGCCUGAGAAUAACAGGAGUUAAAUGUCUGUUACUUCUAUUUUUCACUCUCUUGAUUUCAAUUCUUAACCUUUCCUGUAAUCAUAUUGCAAGAAAGUAACUGAGGAGACAAAUCGCACAACUAUGUCUUCCCAGUAUAUCGAGUUAAUGAUGGCAUUUGCCGCAAAGGAAUGUAACUCCUACCAAUCUCUGUCUGAACGGGUGCUGUCCUAAGGUUUAUACAUACACACAAGGGCUAAAAUAGAAUGGAAUGAAUGUGCAUAGAGAAAGUGCUUUCUGUAUUUACUAUUCAACUGAUACAAAGGUGUUAACGGUUAGUGUCUGAGUCCAGACACAUAAAAAGGACAGAUUUGAAGAAGGAACAGGAAAAAAAAUCCAUCUAAAUUAUAGUGUUCCACAAGUGGGGGCGUUGUUUUCCCUCACUGACGCGUGUGAUCAUUAUGUGCACUGCGCAUAAGUCAUCUUACAAACCUCAUUUGUGUGGUUCUCCAUGUCAAGCCUGCAAUCUCUUGGGAAUUUCUGUACUUUUUUUUUUAUAUUUUCCCACAGCUUUUGUUUUUUUGUUUUAUUUAUAGACAAGAGACAAGUCUCCAUAGUAGGCGGUGGCCUAUUGGAAACUUUGCAAAGCUAAAUGUUUCAUGAAUGUAGGAAUAUCUAUCACAUGGUGUAGUUUUGAAGUCUGCCUUCAUUAGUAUAGGAUCUUGCAAAAUAACCGUAAAAAGGGCACUCGUACAUUUCUGUGCACUUCACGACAUAAUACAUAUAUUCUAGUAUAGUAAAAUUUUGUGCGACUCCAGAGCAAAUAGUACUGAAUGAGGCAAAGCAGUAAAACUCCAAAUAUAGCAACUACACAGCAAAAAGGAAUUCUAAUCAAGGAUUUGAGAAUGCUAGACAAUAAGCAUCCUUUUUGUGUACUGCCGUUACUGUUAUUAAGGAAGAUUGUGUACUAUAAAGCAGACUUAAAAACUAUACCUUGUGAUGGAUAUUUUUUUAGCUCGAUACCAGCUAAUUUAUUUUAAUGUUUUUGUUGUUGUAUAACCAUACACAGUAUAAUUCAAUUCAGAAGUAGACAGUGAUAUUUAUUUUAUGUUAAAAUUUUAGGUAAUUCACCAAUCUCUGCUACACUUAGACUACUGCUUUAAUCAAAUGUACCAUUUUCAUAAAAUAUAAUGGAAGACCCACCAUGCAGUGUACCUUAUUUUCAUUCUAAGUUUGCCUAAUCAAAUUACUGAUUAUUUUUUUUUCUUUAUAUUUUUGCAGUGCAGAUAUAUACAAACAGGCUUAGGGUGCCCCAACAGCAUACCACAAGCUUUGCAUCAUACGGAACAUUUGGGAUAAUCAAAAUAACAUUUUUUGUAUUAUAAUCGAACAACUGGGUCAUUUGUACUCAACUCACAUGUGUUAGGUAUAUGUAAGAUACACAGUGACAUAGAUGAAAAGAUUACCAUAAGACAUAAGUACAUAUGAUAUUUUAAUGUGAGAUGACGAUUGUUAUGUUGGUAAAGAGUAAACUAUAGCCAGAUAUAACUAGACAACCGUGUUCAAACUACUGAUUUUUUGCUUACAAUUUUUUUUUUCAUUACUUGAAUGAAAAAAAUAAAUACACUUUGCAUAUGUAUUAUUUAAAGCAGUCUUGAUAAUGGAUACAGGUCCCUGUGAGAGACUUCUUCAGGACCUUCCCAUCUAAAUUGUGUGAAGCAAUUGUGACAUUAUACCUUCGCAAAGAAUUUAAAUUGAGAUAAUUAUUGUUGCAAUUGAAGCCUGUCUUUCAAACCAUUUUGGCAGUUUGUCAGUAUUCAAUACUGCCUUAAAGUAUCGUAAGAGUUGGUUAUUAUUGUACUGCAACAGAUGGGCACCUUACCUUCUGGAAGCUCAUAGAUUAGGCAUUAGCUGUAUUUUCAUCCUUUCAUCUGACCAGGUAAAUAUGUGAUGUCUAUCAGCUUUUUAGCCUUUGCCCUGCUAAUGGAAAAGGACAGAUGCUGAACAAGCCUUUUCUGUAACGUUUAGAUAAGCAUGGUACAGUAUAAGGGAACAUGACAUCCUGUGUGUACUUUAUCUGUUUGUACUGGCUUGCAGAGCUUCCUGGUGUGCACUCAAUGAAUUGGAAAUGUGGUCUUUGAAAAGAAUAUGUAUCUUGCAUGAUUUUAUGGAAUCCAUUAAAGUCUCAAUUUACAAUUUAUCAACCAUGUCCUCCAAUUAGUUUGAAUUACUAUAUAAGUGCAUAUACACAGUAAUGUCCUUUUAGGAUUAUCAGCAUCAGUGUAUAUGGGUGGAAAUAUCCUAAGGCCCAAUUUAACAAGCAUAUCAUCAUUUGUACACAUUUCCUAGGUGGGUAUCAUGAUAAAAGAUAUAAUAAAAUUUCAUUUUACUGACAGAAACAAGGCCUGUCCAAACUGUUUUGUUCAUAUUUAACAUUAAAUGUUAUAAUAAUUCUAUAAUACAUCUGCUGUUAAAAUAAAAAUUAUCUUUCCAAAAAUGAAAGGCAUUAGAAAGGUAUUAUUAUUUGUACUUUCGUAAAAUAAUACCAUGAGACUAUAAAAUAAUUUUAAUUUAGAGGCCCCACUCUACGAAAUAUGAGAUAUUCCAUUAAAACAUUUUUUUUUUUUGCAAGUGUGGAGGGGGAAGAUGAUAUCAAAUGUUGUCCGCAAUGCUCCAUGCUAUGGUCAAUGGGAUUUAGCACAUUAGACAUUGUGGGAUACCUUCAACCUGCUGAAAACAUAAUUCCUAUAGAUCUUAGCUCAAUAUCAUCAGCGUAAUGAUUGGAUGAACUAGGAUUUCAGGCAUAUAACUAUCACCUAAUACUUGCAUCAUUUCAUUUUUUUUUUUUUUUUUUUUAAUGUACUUCAACUUGUACUUUUAAGUGGACACUUCAUAGUAGACCUGACUACCCUUUUAUAAAAGCCUUAUAUACAUUGUGUAUUGGGGAAAAAAAUAAAUAUAUAUAUAUAUAUAAACACACACACACUGAAGGCCAUAGUAUAAUCACCAGGGGUGAAUUUCUGCUCGCUAGAGGCAAGUGGAAAUUUUUGAGGUCUGAUGUAUAUAUCCCUGAUCUCGUUAAUAUAUCCCUGAUCUAAUUACUUUCUGUAUUUCUCACCCAGAAAUGGGACCAAAUUAGUGCUUACUGCAUUACAGCUGCCUGUUUAAAUGCAUGGAAGGUGUUUAUGGGGACUAACAAAUGUUGCUACCUUCAUUUUGUUUGGGACAGUAGAAGAGCUACGUCCAUAGUGUUAUUAGAGCCCAAAAGGAAUUUAGGAUAUCUAACUCAAGAAUUUAACCUGCUGCUAAACAAAAUAUUGAGUCCUUGUUUGCCUACAUUUGAAUGGUUUUACUUUAUUCUUCAUUAACUUGAACAUUGUUUUGUUUUUCCCCCACAGACUGUCCAGUUUGUCCAAGGAAUAUUUGUUGAAAAAUAUGACCCAACAAUAGAAGAUUCCUACAGAAAGGUUUGUGUUUAUUGUUUACCGAAACUGAUUUAGUGUAGUUUAGAACACAAUACUGUCUAGGUAUCGGAUAUUUAUGUGACAAGAAAAACAAACUGAGAAAGCAAGAAGAAUUAGCCUAGAUUUUUCACUGUUUGUUCACUUACAUACAAGUAAAAAAAACACUGCCUUCUUUCAACUGUCCCUUUAUUAUAACUCUAAAGCACUGCAGAAUGUGUUGGCACUAUAUAAAUGCUGCUAAUGUAUAUCCACUAAAAUGAAAGCUGGUUAUUACCUGCAGUUGUCAUUGGGUAUAUGGGCUUUCCCGUACCCAUACAUGUUGCUGAGAGUUGAAUAGAGCUGCCCUCUACUGUUUAGCAUUCGUCUGCUACAGAAUCCCACUUUGAUCGGAUUUCCUUUUUUCAGCUUUCGAAUUAAAAAAAUUUAAAAAAAAAAACAAAAAAAACAAAAUAUAUAUAUAUAUAUAUAUAUAUAUAUAUAUAUAUAUAUAUAUAUAUAUAUAAUGCAUUAUGUGGUGUGUCCAGGAGUACAUGGUGGAUUUAAUAACCCGGUUUAUAUCCCAAGUUAAUGCAUGUUAGGAUUUAUAGAUCUACAGCUUCUUAGCAUGGCGUGAAAGGGUGCGGCAGAGUUAAAAUUACAUUUAAAAAAUACACAACAAUGUUUCAGGAUGGCUAUUUCUGAGAAACCUAAAAGUAACAAAAAAAGUCACUUAUAUCACAUUGAUCUCUUCCAAAUGAUUCAUUUUGACAAAAAGAAUACAAAAUUACAAUGAGUCAUUUGUGACCUGUUCGUAAUAUGUUUCAGGACCGCACAUUGAUUAAAAUGUGCAAUUACUUAGCAUUGCUGGUUUCCUGUGUCGUGGUAAAACACUCAUGCCGAAACACUUUGCAGCACAGUAAAUUUGCUAGUUUGUUAAAUCUCCCCAUGCACAAUUUGAUCUUUUCAUUUCAGCUCCACGGAGCAAAUACAUAGACUGUCCUAAAAUCCAGCUGUCAGCACUUUCUGCAGAAUUCAGCUGUGGCCUUCUGUAGCCUGGAGCUCUGGCAAACAGGACAAUGCUUACACAUCAGGCUUGAGCGCAAGUGACAUUUUAUUAUGUCUUUACGUGAGCAUGAUGCUCGGUUUGUGGACAUUAGCUAGGCUCUUCCAAGCUCCAUGUCAUGCAGAAACUAGCAUUAAUAACCAACAUAUUAACAGAGAUGUUAGAGGAUGACAUUGAAUCAAUUGCUAAUUUAAUUGUCCCUUAAUGUCUGAAAAAUAGGAGCCAUAAAGCACUUGUCCAUCUAAAAAAUAAGGUAAAAUCAUGUUACUGCCUUGUUGUUUAUGGGUCUAAUUCAGCGUUUCCCAAUUGGUGUUCCGCGGAACCACACAAUUGGGUUCCGCCAAAAUUUUUAAAAAUAAAAUGGCAACGAGCGGCGAGGGGGCAGUGAUCUCCCAGCCCCAGUAAUGCUGGGGCCUGAAUAUGACGUCACUCCGGCAUCACUAAGAGGCGCACGAGGGAACUGAGCAGGGAGAUACGAGGGAGCUGAGCAGGGAGAUCACUGCACAUCAGCCGCUCAGCAGCCCACUGGACCCCAGAGACAGCGUGCUCAGCCCAGCAGCCCCACUGGUCCAAUGGGACAUAGACUCCAUGCCAGCACUCUCAGGUAGGGGAGGGGGGGGCUAGGUGGAGUAAAAAUAAAAAAAUAAAUUGUAUGUGCGUCUCUUAGGGAGUUUGUAUGUGUUUGUGUUUCUGUCAAAGAGUAUAUGUGUGCUUGUCAGUGAGAGUGUUUAGAGUGAGUGUGUUUGUAUGUAUGUGUGUCUGUCAAAUAGUAUGUGUGUCAGUGUGUGUAUUUGUGUCACUGUGUGUAUAUGCCAGUUUGUGUAUGUGUCAGUGUGUGUAUGUGUCAGUGUGUGUAUGUGUCAGUGUGUAUCUGAGUGUGUGCAUUUGGCAUUCAAGAUGUCUGUCAGUGUGUAUCUGUGUGUCAAGAUCAGUGUGUAUCUGUGUGUAUCUGUGUGUCAGAUACACAGAGAGAUACACACUGAAACAGACAUACACACACUGGCACAUACAAACACAGAUACAAACACAGAUGCACACACAUUGACACAGAUGCACACACAUUGACACAGAUGCACACACAUUGACACAGAUGCACACACAUUGACACAGAUGCACACACAUUGACACAGAUGCACACACAUUGACACAGAUGCACACACUUUGACACAGAUACGCACACACUUUGACACAGAUAGGCACACACUUUGACACAGAUAGGCACACACUUUGACACAGAUAGGCACACACUUUGACACAGAUAGGCACACACUUGACACAGAUAGGCACACACUUUGACACAUAGAUACGCACACACUUUGACACAUAGAUACGCACACACUUUGACACAUAGAUACGCACACACUUUGACACAUAGAUACGCACACACUUUGACACAUAGAUACGCACACACUUUGACACAUAGAUACGCACACACUUUGACACAUAGAUACGCACACACCUUGACACACAGAUACACACUGUGUGUCAAGGUGUGUGUAUCUGUGUCAGUGUGUGUCUGUGUGCCACUAUGUGUCAAGGUGUGUGUAUUUGUGUGUCAAAUUCACACACACUGGCACAUACAAACACAGAUACAACACCUUAAUACACACACAUACAAACACAGAUACACACUUAGUUUCAAGGUGUGUGUAUCUGUGUGCCACUAUGUGCCAGUGUGUGUAUCUGUGUGUCAGAUACACACACCUUGACACACCGGCACAUACAAAAAAAAGGCGCAAUUUUAUUUAUUUUAUUCCAGGGGGAGUGCUACCCACGAUGUUAAUAGACUAUGUCAAAGGGUUCCAUGGGAAAAAAUUAAUAAAUGAAUUGGGGACCCCUGGUCUAAUUCAUCGUAAAGUUGGAGGCUGCAUUUCUUUAUUAAAUGGCAAUGCAUGGAAUAAAUUAGGUAAUUAUUUUAAAAGGAAAGAAAUUCCAGACUAGUGACACAAAUUAAUCUGUCUGCCUCUCGGCACUGUUUAGUUCCCACUAAUGCUGUCUGUCAGGAACCGAACGAUGCCGACGCCGGACACGGCAGGUGGCAAUAUAAUACUGUGAUUCACACUGAAGGGUUUUGUUGGCUUCUGAAUGGUGGUGCUCACUAGAAGCAAAGGAGACCUGUUCCUAUGUACAUUUUUACACUAAUAAAAGUUAUAUUAACAUGUUUUUAAAUGGUAAUGCCUAAAGCACCACUCAUAACUGAUUUAUAAAGCUAAUAAUUUUAGUUACAUGAAAGGAACACUUUAGAGUUGGGAAUAAAAAUUUGCAGCAUCUUUAUUUUUUUUGCUUGGUUUACGUUUAAAGAGACCCUCUUACAGCUUACCUUAUUGCAUUAAUUUACUAUAAAUUUAGUGCAAUUAAUACACAGUAAUUCGUGAUCGUAAAGGUGACUUUGUGAAGCAAUUUAAACAUUUCCUUUUCUCAGAAUUGCUGAUACUGCUGGAAGCAGGGAGUGCCUUCGGAAAUGAGCACAACUGAUUUGACUUAGCAAUGUUAACUGACGCUAAGCUAAUCUGUAGCUACCCAUUCAUAAAUAAAAGUAUGCACCUUUUUUAUGAAUGUAGAGCGUCAGUUAAACACUCUAAACUAAUUAGCUGCGCCCCUUGUUGAAUUUCCGAGAAUGAAUGUCGAUGGGGACAGUAAGGUACAGGGCUGAGGAGACAACUGUGGGGUUAAACGGUUUGUGAACAGGUUAACCCCUACAGGUAAGGAAGUAUGGGGACCUCCUGUCCCCAUAAUUUCGAUGAAGUUGCUAUGGCACCCUGACAGUUCCUUUAACCCCUUAAGGACACAUGACAUGUGUGACAUGUCAUGAUUCCCUUUUAUUCCAGAAGUUUGGUCCUUAAAGGGUUAAAAUUAAAUUUAAAGUAUUAUAACUAUACCCUAUUCAAGUGGUAAUAGUGUCCGGAGUGCCCAGGGUGCCAUCACCUCCAUUCAACUUUAAACAGUUUUUAAUGCUAAAUAAGAACCCAUCAAAGCCAUACAGUCUGUGCUCUUUGGUUAAAUAAGGUAGCAUUUGCAAUGGGUGUUUAUGAUUGGCUGAGAGUGUCAGCUGACCACUUUUAGCCUAUUGCGUACUCAUUGCUGGUAUGAAUUGGUAUGGUUAGAAGGAAGAGUGUAAUCUCUGUUUUAGCCAUGCAUUGGUGCUGUGAAUGGACAUAAGCCCUUAUUUAGUGUUGAACUUCCUGAAAAUGGUUUAACACUGAAUGAAGGAACAGCAUCAGGGGAGUCAACGAAUUCUAGCCAAUCUGAUUAUAUGAAAUUUAUAGUAUAAAUUAGUAUAAUAGUUAAAGUAGUAAUGCCCAAAGUGUCCAUUUAAGCUGUAGUUGUUCUUGUGCCUAGUGUCCCUUUAAAUGUAUUUCUCUUUUCCAAACAAUCUUAUUGUUCAUUUUAAAUGAAUUGGGAAACCAAAUGUGCAUGCUGUACCACAGAUGUAUGCAGACUACUAAACCUGCACAGCACCUCUUCCCAUUUAUCUCAUAGGGAGCAAUGUGUGGAUGCAAAAGCCUCCCGUUUAUACUGCUUGUUCAAUAUACCUGUAAGAUACAGCUAUUCCCAUCACCCACAGUGUACAUGGACAUUUGGUCACAUUAAAAAUUACUGAGCCUAAAAGUGAUUAUAAAAGGAAGGGAGAAGUUUUACAAAUCCACUAACUUGGAAAUAAAUUUUGUAGAAUUUUUAAUUUGUUUUGUACUUUGUUUUGCAGUGUUCCUAAGUGUUUUAGAUCCCACUUAUAACAGAGAUGGUCUCGCAGCCUAAUGUCCCUAUAUGACUGUUUUUUCUUUCAGCAAGUUGAAGUUGAUGGUCAGCAAUGCAUGCUCGAAAUCUUAGACACAGCUGGGACGGUAUGUACAGAACGUGUUACACAACGUAUUCUGUGUAAUCAUCCUAAUUCACCUUAUGUUCACAUUGUAAACAUGUUUGUUUUCUGUUUUGUUAUUUAAUACAUCCCUGCUUGCUAAUGGCCUUCGAAUUAAUAGAAUACCCAUUCUUAUAAAGCAAAUUCAAAUAUCUACAGUACGUGAUGGAUUGAGUAAAUAUUCACUAUAACACAAAUAUUAUCUACCUUUCAUAUUGGCAGUGGUUAAACGUUUAGUCCCUAAUGCUUGGUGGGUAUGCUUGUCGGCAGGUCACAAAAUGACAAUAUUCACGUAUAGUUCAGUCGUAUAUUAAAACUAUAUUUUCAUGUGACUGCAUUCAGAGUUCUCCAGAAGGCUUAUUUUACUUGUGUGAGAUUCUAAUAAAUUGUGAGAAAAGAUCAAAAAAGAAAAAUAGUGUACCUACACAGUCUGAAAUAGAAAUCAGAAAUUAUGACUGACUGUCAAAUCUCAGAGAUACUAAACUAGUUGCUACUAGAGUACUAGAUCCAUAAAAUCAAAAAAUAAAUAAAUUUUAAUUUUAACCCCUUAAGGACGGAGCCAAAUGUACACGUUGUGAACAAAACAAAAUGUAAACAAAACCUGGCAUUUGCGCUACAUGUCUGUCCAACCGUAAUACACCUCUUUCAUAGUAAAUGCACCCACCCUUAUUAUAUAUCAUUUUAUUCAGGGGAAACAGGGCUUUCAUUUAAUAUCAAAUAUUUAGCUGUGAAACAUAAUUUAAUAUGAAAAAAAUGGGAGAAGAUAAUUUUUUUUUUAUUUUUUUUAGUUCUACAUGACAUUUUAACUGUCAAUGUCAUAAUACUGUUUGCUUUUACUGCAAUAAAAUACACAUAUUUGUAUUCAGCAAAGUCUCACGUGUAAAACAGUACCCCCUAUGUACAGGUUUUAUGGCGUUUUGGGAGGUAACAGGGUCAAAUAUAGCACAUUAUAUUUGAAAUUGAAAUUCGCCAGAUAGGUUAUGUUACCUUUGAGACUGUAUAGUAGCCCAGGAAUGAAAUUUACACCCAUAAUGGCAUACCAUUUGCAAUAGUAGACAACCCAAGGUAUUGCAAAUGGGGUAUGUCCAGUCUUUUUUAGUAUCCAUUUGGUUACAAACACUGGCCAAAGUUAGUGUCAGUAUUUGUUUGUGUGUGAAAAAUGCAAAAAACGCCAAUUUUGGCCAGUGUUUGUGACUAAGUGGCUACUAAAAAAGACUGGACAUACCCCGUUUGCAAUACCUUGGGUUGAGUUCUUUUGCAAAUGGUAUGCCAUCAUAGGGGUAAUUUUCAUUCUUGGGCUACCAUAGGGUCUCAAAGGCAACGUAACCAAUCUGGCGAAUUUUAAUGUGAAAAAAAUGAAACACAAGCCUUAUAUUUGACGCUGUAACUUUUGAAAACCUCAUAAAACCUGUAUAUGAGGGGUACUGUUGUAUUUGGGAGACUUCGCUGAACAAAAAUAUUUGUGUUUCAAAACAGUAAAAAGUAUCGCAGCAAUAAUAUCGUCUGUGUAAGUGCUGUUUGUGCGUGAAAAAUGCAAAAAACGUCACUUUUACUUGCGAUAUCAUCGUUGUAAUAUAUUUUACUGUUUUGAAACACUAAUAUUUGUGUUCAGCGAAGUCUCCCGAGUAGAACAGUACCCCCCAUGUACAGGUUUUAUGGUGUCUUGGAAGGUUAUAGGGUUAAAAAUAGUGCUAGCAAAUUAAAUUCCCUUUACUUUCGGCAUGGGUUGUCAGGCAGGUCCCGCUAAUUGUAAUUAAUUAAGAUACCUAAUUAUGUAAAAAUAUUACAUAAAUAUAUAUGAAUUAAUAUAUGUAUAUAUACGUAUGUGUUUAUAUAUGUGUGUGACUUGUCAGGAUGCUGAUAGCUGCACAAUCAACUUGCUAUACUACGAAUCCUACAGCUAGCACGCGUUUCAGGGCACCUGCCACCAUUCCCACUAAGCAAAUGCCGAUAUGGUAGUAGAAAAAAAUUAAAUAAAGAUUAAUGAAAGAAAAUAAAUAAACUAAUAGAUCAAAUAGCUCGGUCGCAAAUUCAAGUGCUGGUUACUAAAUUAUAGAAACAGCACGCUAGGCACCCCUGACGCGCGUGCUUCGUCUGACCUGGCUCAUUAGAAGGGACUUAUAAAUUGUGAGAAAAUGUCUAAAUUCUAGACCAGAAAAUAAAUGUUAGUUGGAAUGCAUGCAUAUCCUGAUAACAUAUUAAAAGUAACUAGUACCUUAGUGUUGUUUUUUGCCCAGUGCUACCACACUGCCGUACAGGGUUAUUUACUAAACAACAAAUUUUAGCUGUGCAGGUAUUUAUGGGGUAAGAGUCUCUUUGUGCUGUGUGAAUGGUCAUUCUGCACUUGCAUACAUACCCACUAAGCAGUGCACAGAGACAAGAGUGAGUAACUUUGUUUUUAGAGUUUUAAAUUAUUAUUUUAUUUAUUAUGGCAAUCGGUGCAUAAGAUGUAAUGAAAUGUGUAUUUUGUUACAGGAGCAAUUUACAGCAAUGCGGGACCUCUAUAUGAAAAACGGACAAGGCUUUGCAUUAGUGUACUCAAUAACAGCACAGUCUACCUUUAAUGACUUGCAAGACCUCCGGGAACAGAUACUUCGAGUCAAAGACACUGAUGAUGUAAGCAUUUUAACACUUUAAUAAGAGAGUUUAUUUUUAGUGUUAAUUCUUGUCCUUUUUUUUUUUUUUUCACACACAUUUGCUCUUUUCUGAUUUUCCGUAAGUGAAUGCAGGAAAUAAUUCUAGGUUGCAUCUGAGUAAUGAAUUCUUCCCUUCGCCAUUUUCAUCACAGGCUUUAUCUUGUGAUUCCUGAACUAGCAAAUCAGUGUUGUCAUGUAGUCUGUUUCAAUCCGUCUCCAGGUAAUUUAGAUUGGUGUUUUGCUUGUGACCUAUUUGAUAUAGAGCUGACUUGUUUGAUAAGCUUGCCUUUGUUACUGCAUAGCACAUUGAUAUAUUGUCUGAAAUCCGUCAACGUGUUUUAUUUGUAAUACGGAUUUCAACCUAAAUUUUUUUCUUUAUCGUAUUUAUUAAGUGCAAUAGAUAAGAAUGCCUUUGUCCAUAAACCUGCAAUGUUUCAGGGAUCAGUAAUGCUGAACAAGACAUGCGUAAAAUGUAAUGCAAAUCCCAACAUAGAAUGAAUUGAAACGAGUGCUUUAUUUUCCACUUCUUAAUUGGAGAUGGCAAAUAUGACAUAAAAAUUGGGCAGGACCCAAAAGUGAUAGAGGACAUACUGGUAGAGACAAAAAGUGAAAACCCGGGAUGCAAAACACAGCAAAUUCAGGCUACUCCCCUGUUAGAGGAGUAAAAUACGGGGGAUGGGAAACUAAAUUAUGUUUUUUAGUGUCAGGACUCCCUGUAUGUAAAUCUGACCUAGUUUUCCUUAAGGAAGCAGUUUUAUGGUGUAUAGAUCAUGCCCUUGGCGUCUCACUGGUCAAUUCUCUGGGAGGCCCCUCUUGCCUCCCUAAAUAUAGUAAAAUCUUACUUGUAUGCAAGCCUGAAGCUGCUGGCUUUGUCCUGGUUUUCCUUUGACUAGCCCACUGUCUGCUGACAUCAGCUGAAGUGGUGGCCUGAUCCAAUCACAAUGCUUCCCCAUAGGAUUGGCUGAGACUGACAAGGAGGCAGGUCAGGGGCAGAGCCAGCACAAUUCAAAUACAGCCCUGGCCAAUCAGCAUCUGCUCAUAGAGAUGAAUUGAAUCAGUGCAUCUCUAUGAGGAAAAUUCAGUGUCUGCAUGCAGAGGGAGGAGAUACUGAAUGUUUGGAUGCAUUUUAGGCAGCAAUGACCCAGGAAGGAUCUCUAACAGCUAUCUAAGGAGUGGCCAGUGAAGUUAUCACUGGGCUGUAAUGUAAAUACAUUUUCUCUGAAAAGACAGUGCUUACAGCAAAAAGUCUGAAGGUAAUGAUUCUACUCACCACAACAAAUUCAGUAAGCUGUAGUUGUUUUGGUGACUAUAGUGUCCCUUUCAGUAUGCUGCUGCCCAACACUUAAAGGAACACUCUAGACAUAUGAAAAACUUCAGGUUGUUUAAGUACAUUAUAGGUCUGGAGAUAGUCAUAUUUGUUUUAGGCAAGGUAAGUAAAACAAAAAAAAACACUUUUCUUUUUCUCCUUACAGGUAGGGGAGGCGCUAUAGUGUGCGCAAUACACAUUUGUUUUCACAACACUAUAGUGUUAAUUUAAGAGAACCCUUGAAUAAAGGGCAUAACCCGAACUUCAUUGAAAAUGUGUAUCUCCAAAUAAAAAAGAAAAGAAGCAACCACUUUAAGACUCGUUAUUAAAACAGACUUUAUUAAAAAAAAUCCAAUUCACAGUCAAAUGGUGUAAAAGUGAUAAAGUGCCAUUUCUAAUUUGUCAGCUAGGCAACAGGGAUAACAACCCUCUUUUAGACAAUCUAAUGGAGAGAUGAAAGCAAUGUCAUGUCAAGAGCAGGGGUGGCCAAAUGUAGAUUCCCAAGUGUUGUAGAACUACAACUCCCAUGUUGUUUUACAUACCUUUUAGAAUGUCUUUAUUAUGACAACGCAUAUUGAAACUGUAGUUUUAAAACAUCUGGGGAUCUACCUUUUGGUCAUCCCUUGUCCACUAACAUUAACAAGUUAUCUUGUAUAAUACUCUGUAAGGAUACACUACAACGUUAUGACUGGUAAACUGUAAGAAUCACAAAGCUGUAUAUCGAAGCUUCUUCCUUAGGUGGCUAAGGUAGUAAUCCAGAUCACCUUGUAGUCAUCACCCACUAUUUCUAACCCAAAUCCACUUUGCCGAUAUGGUCUAAAAAUUAACACACAAAGAAAGAUUGGCGUGUGCUAUUGUGGUUUAUGUGGUGCAUAUAGCAAUGUCUCAGUUAAAACUCUUUAUUCAAAUAGUUAAAAAUUCACAACUCUUUAAAUCAUCUGUAACCAGUGGUAUAUAUAACCUUAAUAACAUAAACAAAACGUUUAUAAAUAUACAAAUGGUCUACAAAUUGCACAAAAUAACUGGCUUAAUCGAACUAUGGUAAGUAAUGAAUCUGGGUUAAAAAAUGACUGAAAUGAUCUUCCCAGAAUUACAAUUACAAUUUGGAAUUGCAAAGCAUCUAUGCAAAAGCACAUAACUGUGAAUAAAAAAACAAAAAAUAGAAUGAAUAUAAGGUAGGGCAAUGCCUCCCUGAGGUCCAUCAGAUAAGAAAAUACAAAGGCUGCAAAACUCCUCUGGGGCUCAGAGAAUACUUGCUGCAAAAAGCCCUUGCUAUGAGCUAGCAUAAACUCCAGACACACUGUGUCCCUAUGCUUGAUCUUUAAGUCUCCCUAAGGUCCACACUAGCUCCCGAUCAGAAGCAUAGCAAUUCCUUCAGAGCUCCAGAAGUGACUUCUCUUGAGAUCCUACAUUACCCAGUGCUGUCUAAAGAUAAUAGCCUGCCUGAGAAUAAAAAUCUAAGUGUCAAAAAUCACAAGAAGUAGAAAAAAAAAUCACACAAAAAAUAUGCCCUGAUAGAUACGCUUUGAUAUUUGUAUGUACACUUUUUGACUGUGAAUUGGAUUUUUUUCUAAUAAAGUCUGUUUUAAUAAAAUGUCUUAUCGUGGUUGCCUCUUUUCUCCUUUAUUUGGAGUUUCAAUUAAGUUAGGGUUAUGUCCUUUAUUAUAGAGUUGUGAAUACAAAUGUGUAUUACUUACACUAUAGUGCCUCCCCCACCUGUAUGGAGUAUAAGAAAAAAAACAAAAACGUUUUUACUUACCUUGUAUCAAAGAAAUAUAAUAAGCUCUCCUUUAUUUAGAGGUUCAGUUUUUGUUUUCAAAAGGCCAAUUUAGCUUGACAGUUAUGGUAGUUAUGCUAUUUUUUCGAGGACAUUAAUGAACACUAUAGUUUUGGUAAUACAAAUGUGUAUUGCUAAUGCUAUAGUAUCUCCUAGUCACAGUUUAGGAGAUGGCACCCCUCCCCCACCGAAAGGGUUAAGAGGGUGAUUUACUUACUUUACUUUUUUUAUUUUUUUUUGCUCUCUGCGGCUGGCUCUGCGUUUUUUUUUUUUUAAUUCUUUAUUUUUUGUGUGCAAGAUUUCACAAUUAAGCCGUGGUGCCACAAUAGCAUUCACGUGCUCAUUUUCAACAUUACAUGUCACAUAUGGCACAUAUAAGGUCUGCACAAUUUUUAUAGUGAUAGUGGAAAGGUAGUUAAGCAUAUAGUGCUCCCGCCAUAUUUCCCGCUAGCAUUUUCAAUUUAAUCAGUUGAAGCAUAAAGAUAGGCAUAGUUUAGGAUUACGUUUUGUUUCACAUAUUUUGCACGACAUAUAGUUAAAGAUAUACAGGUGAUAAUCCACUGAGUGUGUGAUCUCUAGUGUGUCAUUUGGACAGUUUAACUCUGGCUUGGUUUACCUCGGGCGCCACCCUGGAGUGUGUGGGGUUUGUGGGGUUGGUUUGCCUUCGCUCCCCUGGACGGGUCUGGGGUCUGUUUGAGUAAUAUCGAUGAGUUUGUCACGGCUUGUGUGCAUUGUAGUUGUCUGGGGUAGUGUGUGUCUGCCUUGAGUGGUGUCCGGUGUUGCGUGUAUGUGUUUCUCUGCCUGCUGUGUGUGCUGGUUUUUUGCUGUGCGAGUCCUAGCGUGUGUGUGUGUCUGUGGGUACCGACAGUGUCAGUGCGUGCAGGGCUAGAGCAGCGUUUUAGUGUCCAUUUUAUAGUCCAGGAACAGCGUCCAUCGUUAGCCGGUGCUUAGUCUUGGUAGUGGGUUUGUAGGGCCGCAAGGGACCCGGUAGCAGAGUCCAGUUGCGCGUUUCUCGGAUUCUUGAGCACUCCUGGGGGCCUGCUUCUGCGGCUCGUGGUGGAAGUGCUUCCUUUGAUGGCUGCGGUCCUCCCCGUGAAGGGGCUGUUGUAGAUCUUGAUGUGGGGUAUCCCCCUGUGUUGUCAGGUCCGCAGUUUCUUAGGUUGAUGUUUAUGGUUGUGGCUGGUGCUUCAGGGCGGCUGCAAUCUGAGAGGGCUCGUGAGGUAAGGUUGCGUGGUUCGUGCGCUACGGGCGCCCGGGGAGGUUUACCUAGUUUCCCACCCUCGGUUUUGUGGCCUGCGAGCAUUUGCCGAUGUUUGUUGCCGCUUAGGGUAGGGUGCUGGCCCUUCAUGGGGGGCUUGUGUGGUCUGCCAACCGACUCUGCUUUCUGGCGGGCCCUGUAGUACUUGAUGGGUCUUUCUUUGUUUGUCCACGUGGAUGCGGGCUGUCCGCCAUUUUGGAGAGCUCCGUCUGGGUUGUGCUUUGCGGCCCGGUUUGUAUUUGGGCUCGGCAGACUUCCUUGGUGGUCGCCCGUGGGGACCAGGAUAACCCCCACCGGUCCAAAGGGGGGGGGGGGUCGCAGGACGCCGUUCGGAGACCCGGGGAAGCUGCCGUUCCUCCCCGGCUCAAGCUCGCAUAGGCCCCAGGCCUUGGUCGGGUUACUUCGGUGCCGUACCGUGGCAUGUGUGGUAUCACUGUGUGUGUCCAUAUCUUUUGGUUGCUGUUUUUGGUCGAUAGCUGCUCGUGGCACCGAGUUGGCUCCGAUUCUCUGGCCCAGAUCCUGGAGCUCAGAUGAAACACGUCUGAUCUGUUCAGCGUUCAGGCUCCGCCCCCCGGCUCUGCGUUCUUGGCUGAGAUUAUCAAUCUCAUAAGAAAGCAUUGAGAGGCUAGUGCACAUGAGCAGCAAAAUGCUGCGCCAGUCCGUUUCACUUGCCUAUAGCUGUGGAAGCGCCUCUAGUGGACGUCAGUUAAACAGCCACUAGAGACAUUUAAACCUUGCAGUGUAAAAGUCGCCAUUCCUGCUAAAUUACAAUGUUUUACAUUGCAGACUGAAAACGAGUUACGUGGCACCCAGACCAUUUAAUUGAUAUGAAGUGGUCUGGAUACAUUUUGUGUCGCUUUAAACCAAGUAUGGCAAACAAAUUGGCAACAUUGUGUAUCUACUGGUGUGAUUACAAAAUUAAGUGGAAACUGUACAGGUUCCUAGACAAUGAAAGGGGUUGAACAUUUAUCACAGUGACCCGAUGGGACACUAUGCUUUUGGCAUAGUGCCUAAUAAAGUCUAGUUCCCUUAAGGAAACGGAAAAGUAUUAAAGUUUGUAGUUUCACUUUGACCAGGGCUAGAAUCUGGGGCUGACAAAUACUACCAAAAGGAGAGAAAUUAUCUGGGACAGGACUACAUGAGCAUAUAGUUUUGGAAAUUGAGUAGUUGGAGGUUGGAGACUCUGCAUAAAACCAUCAUAUCGGUGGUUCAUGAGGUCUGUACCAAUUAUUCCCAAUUUUGAUAAAGCACAUAUGGUUGAAAGAGUAGGGCUUUUUUCUUCCUUGAGGUUCCAGGAGCAGGGCCUCUCUAGUUGGUAGGAAGAACAGCUGCAUGGAACUGGUCUAGUACUGUAGAGCUUCCCAAAGCAUGCAUUAGUUUUAUGUGGGAUUUCUCACUCCUUGUCCUACUAUAGUUUGACGCUUACCUUGUGCAACACAAAGCUCAUCUCUGUCUAAUGUUGAGGCCACCACUCUCUAUUAAAGAUAAGAAAAUGGGAAGGAGCCAAAGCAUGUGGAAAGUAAUAAGUGUAUUUCCAUAUAACUUUCUGUUUAGAGUAUAGUGUAUUUUGUAUUUUUUGUUAAUUUGAAAAUAUAAACAUUUAACUUUUUUUGGUUUACAUUUCAGGUGCCAAUGAUAUUGGUGGGUAACAAGUGUGACCUGGAGGAUGAACGAGUGGUGGGAAAGGAACAGGGGCAAAACCUUGCAAGACAGUGGAAUAACUGUGCAUUCUUGGAGUCGUCUGCAAAGUCAAAGAUAAAUGUCAAUGAGGUAAGAAUUUACUGGUUAUGUAAUGUAACUGUAAACUCAUCUGCAUGAUCUCUGCAUUGAGAUUGUGAUAGAACAUCGCACAAUAAUUCAUGCACUAUAAAUGCUUCAUAAAAUGAAAUAAAUAUACCAUAUGCCACUUUUUGUGAAUUCGUUUUAGGAUUGCUUGUUCUGAACUCCUUUUUAAAUUUUUGUUUCGGUAUACAGAUUUUUUAUGACCUUGUGCGACAAAUUAACAGAAAAACUCCUGUACCGGGCAAGGCGCGUAAAAAGUCAACAUGCCGACUGCUUUAAUACAGAGAUGUGCUGUAGCUCUGAGCCAGGUAAGCUAUUCUUUUUAGUGGUAAACUCCUACUGUAAAUAGACACUUAUCUGAUAGGUCACUGUGCAAUACUUUUCUUUGAUGUAUGUGAGAGCAUUUGGAUCCUGAGAUUUGUCAACCGUUCCUUCACUUCUGCAAGUGACGGUUCCCAUUCUCUCAUUAUUUUGAUUGUACAUUUUUAGAUUAUUCUAAUAAAUCCAGUUUUCUAUAUAGUCAACUCUGCCAAACUUAUACUAGCAGGAAAAUGCUGCAACUUUUCUGAUAGGGAAAAAGUGCCUUGAAAAAUUAAUAAAAUGGGAGUGCAUUUUCUGUAAGGUAGCCAAUAUUUAGUUUGGUCACAGGUUUUAUUUGUUACUGAUUUUGCAUCUUCUAAUAUAAGUAUUCAUUAUUCAUGCAGUUCAUUUCAUGAUCACCUUUAUUAUGAGAAAUCAGAGAACGCUUAAGAUCCCACAAGUCCCUAGGCAGGUUAUCAGUUUGGGCCCCCUAUCUUCUUCUCACAAAUAUGGUUCAUGGGGCGAAGCAAAUUCUUGGUUGCAGAGUCGAUGUAAAAUCCCUUGACCUGGGGCGGCCACUUAGGGUCACCUUAUGGUUAAUCCUUCUCUGUGAAAAAUUUAUAUGUAAAUAUAUUAAAAAUAAUUAUCCUUACUUAGGCAAAGAGAAAAAAAAUGACUUCACGUCAAUAUAAGUUUAUGGCAAGGUUCCCAGAUAUUCAGUGUCCAGAAUGUGAUGUUUCCCGUUACUUAUAUAACACACAGUAUUCUUGUCUGGUUAAUCUAUGCCUAGAUAUCAGUGUUUUAGUAACACUGAUCUCAAACACUGACAAGCUUAUGUACUUCUGUCAUUACAUUUUUCAUGAGUUUCUUGGUAAUUUUUACAGGUCUGAAGAACUGUUGUCUGACAACAGUGCCAGCAUUCCAACUCAAAUUACCCUAUCAACAACUCCAAUGGACUUUCCUGUGGUGUACCCUUUGACAUGGAUGAAAGUUGCAAGCUCAGAUUGUGCACCAUCAGAUCCCUUCCCAAAGUCACGAGAAAGAUGCCUGCUUUGAGAUGCUCGUCACGUAUGCAACUGGGAACAACAGAGCCAACAUCCAGUAUUACUGCUAAAGAGACAUUGUUCACCCGACAACGUAAAUACACGUCUGAAAGCGUGUGCUGUAUUCUUUCACAAGCCCCUCCUUUCUAUCGGAGUGUACAAUGAAAAAGCACCACUAUUUUAGCUUACUAAACAAGGAAGUCCAAAGAGCUUCUUUAUAGACUACUCCUUGAUGACCUUGCAUCUUUGAUAUUUGUAGCUUCUUGUAACUAUUUUUUUUCCUUUCUUUAAAGAAAUACAAGAGCAACACUCAUUGUAUUGUACUAAGUGCUUCUCAUAAACAUAACUUGUUUCUUUUCCUUUGUAAUUUUUUAGGGAAUCCUGUGGAGAAUAGCAUUACACCCCUUUUCUGGCACGUACGGGGCCCAGAUAAUAAAUUUGGUUUCUUGUAUUAAGUCUCUGUCAAACACUUUGCCUUGGGUAGCUAUUCAGAAUGAUGUUCCUGUGUUAACCCAACUAAAACCCACGCGUUUCCAUGUUUCCCAGCUCUGUUUACAUAGGGAUUCAUGUUUAUAGAUGUUUAUACAGUGGGGGUCUACAGGAAGUGUGUAUUUCAAAAGGUUUUUUUAAUGAUUUAUCAAUACUUUGUAAAUCAUUUUCAGGCUUCUGCUGCUGUAGAUUCUCACUGUGAAACUUGUUGUUCCUACCCUAGCUUGCUUGCUCGUGCAUAUGUAUAUUUGCAAUACCAAAUAUACAGGUUUAGUCCUUUAUUUUAUUUUUCUCUCUUUGCUAGUGAUAGUUUCACAUGUGUAUUGUUUGGUUGAGAUGUUAAAUGGUGGAAGAGUCCAGUGGAUGUGAAUGUGGGACAUGUAAUUUUAAAUCAUUUGUGUAUUUUCUCUUUUUUUUUUUUUCCCGUCACCAGGACUAAGUUGCAGUAGUUAUCUUUUUUUUGAGGAUUUAUUUAUCAAUGCCUUGUUGCUUUGUAUGCAUUACUGUUUGGGUGUAAAGAUUGUGUUUAUAUAUCCAACAGAGAAACACACAGUAAUCCAGUUGACCAACUUAAUGCUACAACUGCUUUAAGGUGGCCAAAUGUAAACUCUAAAGCCUUAAUAAAGUGGUGCAAUUUUGUAUAACUUAGGAUUGGUUCAGUAAAUUUGCAACGCCAUGCAAGGCUUGCAUUAUCAUAAAUCUACCACUUCAGUGCUUCAUUUAAUGUGUUAAGUGCUUGUUUAGGCAACUCUUCAGGGAGCAGCAUGCACUCUGCAUAAUGCCAAGCACUUCAGCGACUCAGUCUUCAAAACCGUCUAGCAAAAGACGUAUGGCCAGGGCCCGUGUGCACCACAUCUAGUUUUACCCAAUCAAAUUCGUACAAUUUAUCAGUGUGAACUUCAACAACGGUUCUUGGAUACAUGUAGCAUUAUGAGUAAUAGGGCACUUUGGUAAUCAUACGGUUAGAUUUGAAAACAUGACUGGUAUAACAAAUUGUUGAGUUGCAGCUCAUUGUUUUCACAUUGUGCAUUAAAGGUCAAUUAUCUUGUCUUUUCCCGCUUAUUUUGUCCGGGGGAGAUGGAAAGGGGAUGUGGGGGAGAGGGUGGGGGAGAAUAAACCCUGAAGGAUGCGAUGACAUAAAGCCCUAAUUUUAUAUUAUGAGCCUUAAUGUCACUUUUAUUCAGUAUGCCACAGAGGCAGUGUGUCAGCUAACUCCCGCAGAACCUCAUUUGGGAAAUCCUUGUGCUUCUUUGGUUUUCCAUUAUUGACAGAUUAAUUUUUUGUUUUUCUUUUGUGUGCAUUAAAAAGCCCAAACUCUGCUUAUACACAGACGCAAAAAAAAUAAAAUAUUGUUCUUCCUUGUACUCUGAUUUGUCUCCUGAUGUUCAGACCAAGACUUUGGUGCAAUUCCUUCAGGUCUUUAUACAAGCGGUUUCUUCCUUUGACCCAACUUCAAUAUGCUUAAAAUCUAUAGUGUCUGAAAUAAGCAAAGAUCCUGCCAAUACCCAAAAUAAAAAGAAAAGUAUUCCCCUAUUAAGCAAAUAAUAAAAUUUAAAAGGCUGUCCAGGAUGGAUUUGAAUACAAUUUUUUAUGUUUUAUACAAAU